CCUUUGCUCUGCUGCAGUCGGAGCCCACAGUGAGGUCCGCACAAACCAGUCCGGGACCGGGGGAGACAGGCGGGAGCAGGGAGUCCGGGGGAGACACGGUGUGACAGGCGGGAGCAGGGAGUCCGGGGGAGACACGGUGUGACAGGCGGGAGCAGGGAGUCCGGGGGAGACACGGUGUGACAGGCGGGAGCAGGGAGUCCGGGGGAGACACGGUGUGUCCGCUAUCAGACAGGGCAUUGCCGACUAACUCCGGAGUGACUGCAGUGAGUGCUGCCCGGGGUGAGUUAACAUCCAGCUAUAUUUCGUCUGUUUUCAAUGCUAACACGUAAUGUGUCCAUGUUUUAGACAGUGUGUCCCAUGUUAGGCUCCCCCUCACUAUCCCAUGCCAGCCUCCCCUGCUCCCUCACUAUCCCAUGCCAGCCUCCCCUGCUCCCUCACUAUCCCAUGCCAGCCUCCCCUGCCCCCUCACUAUCCCAUGCCAGCCCCCCUGCCCCCUCACUAUCCCAUGCCAGCCUCCCCUGCCCCCUCACUAUCCCAUGCCAGCCCCCCUGCCCCCUCACUAUCCCAUGCCAGCCCCCCUGCCCCUCACUAUCCCAUGCCAGCCCCCUCUGCUCCCCUCACUAUCAAUGCCAGCCCCCUGCCCUCUCAUAUCCAUGCCAGCCCCCUCUGCUCCCUCGCUAUCCACAUGCCCCCUGCCCCCUCACUAUCCCAUGCCAGCCUCCCUGCUCUUCACUAUCCAUGCCAGCCCCCUGCUCCCUCACUAUCCAUGCCAGCCCCUGCUCCUUCACUAUCCGCCGCAGCCCCCUCUGCUCGCCUUCACUAUCCCAUGCCAGCCCCCCCCUGCCUCCCUCACUAUCCCAUGCCAGCCCCUGCCCCUCCUAUCCAUGCCAGCCCCCCCUCACUAUCCCAUGCCAGCCCCCUCUGCUCCCUCACUAUCAUGCCAGCCCCCCUGCCCCCUCACUAUGUUCAGCCUCCUGCUCUUCACUUAUCAUGCCAGCCCCCUGUCAUGCUAUCCCAUGCCAGCCCCCCCCUCUGCUCCUUCACUAUCCCGUGCCCCAGCCCCCCUGCCUCCUCACUAUCCCACCAGCCCCCCUGCCCCUCACUAUCCCAUGCCAGCCUCCCCCUGCUCCCUCACUAUCCCAUGCCAGCCCCCUGCUCCCCUCACUAUCUCAUGCAGCCCCCUGCUCCUUCACUAUCAUGCCAGCCCCCUUGUCCCUCACUAUCCCAUGCAACCCCCUAACCCCCCUCACUAUCCCAUGCCAGCCCCCUCUUGCCCCUCACUAUCCAUGCCAGCCCCCUGCUCCCUCACUAUGCCAUGCCAGCCCCCUGCUCCCUCACUAUACCAUGCCAGCCCCCUGCUCCCCACUAUCCAUGCCCUCCUCCCCUGCUAUCCCAUGCGGCCUUCCCUCCCCAUACUAUCCCAUGCCAGCUUCCCUCCCCUCACUAUCCAUGCCAGCCUCCCCUCCCCCCCAUACUAUCCCAUGCCAGCUUCCCCAUGCCCUCCCCUUACUAUCUCUUGCCAGCCUCCCCUUGCCUCCUUACUUUCCCAUGCCAGCCUCCCCCUGCCCCCUUACUGUCCCUUCCCAGCCUCCCCCUGCCCUCUUACUAUCUUUUGCCUGCCUACCCUUGCUACCCCAUGCCAGCCUCCCCCUCUCCACCUUACUGUCUCAUGCCAGCCUCCUCUUACUAUCCCAUGCCAGUCUCCCCUGCCCUUCUUGGUACCCCAUGCCAGUCUCCACCUGCCCUCCUUAGUAUCGAAUGCCAGCCUCCCCCUUACUAUCCCAUGCCAACCUCCACCUUUCCUCCUUAGUAGCCCAUACCAGCUUUGUAACCCAUGCUAGCUUCCCCCUUAAUAUUUCUUUGCCAGCCUCCAUCUGCUUUUCUUAAUAUCCCAUUCCAUUCUCCACCUGCCCUCUUUACUAACCCAUGCCAGCUUUGUAUCCCAUGCCAGCUUCCACCUGCCCCCUUAGUAAUCCAUGCCACCCUCCACCUCCCCUUCUUAGUAACCCAUGCCAGCCUCCAUCUGCCAUCCUCAGUAACCCAUGCCACCCUCCCUCUGCCCUUCUUAGUAACCCAUGCCAGCCUUCUAUCCCAUGCCAGCCUUCACCUACUCUCCUUAAUAACCCAUGCCAGCCUUGUAUCCCAUGCCAGGCAACAACAGCCCUCCUUAGUAUCCCAUGCCUGGCUUUCUCUGCCCUCCUUAGUAUCCCAUGCCAGCCUCCCUCAGCCCAUUCAGUUAUAUAAUGCCAGCUUUUCUCUAUCCCCACUUCAGUGUAUUCUAUAUCUGCAUCUCUUUACCCUGCAUCAGUAUAUCAUAUGCCAGCUUGCCUGUCCCAUUUUUGUAUCUGUUGAGGCUUCCCCUUGCUUGUAUUUUAUGUACAACUGUGACAGCGUCAUUCUGCCACUUCAGUUAAAACCUUUCCAGCGUCCAUUUCCCCAUUUUUAGUCUAUUCUGUUAACAGCCCUUUUUAUUUAACGUAUCCAGUACUACCAUCAUUCUGACACACUUCAGUAUAUCUAGUUCUAGAAUUCAGUGUACCCCAUGCCAGUCUCUCUUUGAUGCUUCAGUUCAUCUCAUGACCGAUUCCAUCUGCCCCAUUCUGUCAGGUUCUCUUUGCCCCUUCGUUGCCUGUUUAGCUCUGCUCAGUCUUUAUUAAGUGUGUUUAAUUAUUAAAAAUUUUUUUUUUAAUGUACUCUGGAUCCCAUUGACCAGAAGAACUACAGAUUCUGCUCUGGUAGCAUGUUAAUUGCCCCUUCCCAAAUAAUGCUACUUUCUGUCGAACCUUAUUCUACAAUGUGCAUAUUGUUUUCUAACAUGCCUAUCCUCAUUCCUACCUUGGCAUGUUUUUGUCUUAUACUAGGAAUGUUUCCAUGUGAAUAUGUAGUUGAAAUACAGAAUUUGUGUCUAAUAUAGGGAAAAAAGUCUGGUAUUUACUAAAAUGGCGACUUUGCUGUUAUUUACUGAAUGCAGAGCUCAUCUUCAAACCCACUAUAAUCAAAGCCUGGGUCUGUCAACGCAAAUAAUGCAUACAAUUCGGUAAAACGGAACGUUGACAUAAUCCACAAGUCCUUCUAACUGAUUUUUGUUUUCUGAAAAAGGAAGAAAUCUUUAUUCAAUAUAUGAAAACAAACACAGAAAAUUGACAAAAUAUUUCUCAAACACAUAAAGAUAUUGUAUACAUGAAUCAAUAAAACGUAUUAUCAGUAUAUGCAGUAAAAGAGCUUACAGUACACUAUGAUAACUAGACUAUUUGCAUUACUAAUUGGUAUCGACUGGCCCUGGAGACUGCCCUGCAUGGUUUCAUGCACCACAUGUGGCGUUUCCUAGAGGUUAUCACAGAAAAAAAUAUAGCUUUGUCAGAAAGCAAAUUGGAACUAAAAUAUAUAUAUAUAAUUUCUUUUUUCUUUUUUUUUUUUUUGUCUUCUUUGAAUGUCAUGACCGUAUGUUCCAUAUGACAUCUACUUUUAGUUUGAAUACAGAGGUAAUUGUUUGCAAAGUGAUACAUAGGAAAAUAAAAGGUUUUAUUUUGGAGCAUGAUCAAGGUCUACUAUAAGUAUUUUGAAACUCAUAUCUGUAUUGUUGAAUCGUAAGGCAGCACACUGCAAAAAUACAUCAGACAUUUUAAAGGGACACUCCAAGCUAUAGAACAGCCUUUUGUUGUAGUGAUCAAGCUAGGAAGCUGUUAAUUUUGGCAUUUUUAUAUUUUUUCUUUAUUUUCUUGAAAUCUCCAGCAGUCUUGUUCUCCUGUUGACAUAAUGUGGGGAAGGACUGCUUUUCUUUGCUGGCUAAGUACUCCUGUACUUUAGCUUCCAUAUUACCUCCUCUCCCUGUGCAAGUCUACCUCAGUGCCCCUAAUGUGACGGUGCAUGCACACAUCCCUGUUACCUGCCUCUGUCUCUCUCUCUCUCGAAGUCUAAGCACGCAAUCACAUUUUCCAUAAUUAUACUUUUUUUGCUGUAUGAAGUUGUCAUCUAUAAACAUUUAGUAUUUCAUGAAUUAAUUACUUGCUUUGAAAGAAGUGAAUUGAAUGCAGAAAUUUGAAUUAUUAAUUUUAAACACAUGGUUGCAAAAAGCAAAGAGAUUUUAGUCAAAGGCACAGGCCUGUUAAAGCGUUAUUGAAAAACAAAUGUUGCUAUCUGCAGUGACUGUCAGUCGAGUUUGCUAAAUUGACACCCAAGCAGCCAGACCUGGAAUCGAUCAGAAAAACGUAUGUGGUUUUUUUUUAAUUCUGUGCAGACGUAGUUCGGACUUCAAGUACUGUUUACGUUUAUGACAAACUUAUUGUAAAGUACCUGUGAUUUUAUUUAGGAGUAAAAGUUGAUCUUGCAGACCAGUAGUGCCCAAAAGGUAGAUCACCAGAUUUUGUAGAACUAAAAUUCCCAUGAUGCUGUGCACUUCUACAAAAUGCCGUUAGAAUGACAAAGCAUCAUGGAAGCCUUUUGGGCACCACUGUUGUAGUUUGAAUUUGGAAUGCACAUGAGUUAGAUUUUCCACUUCCAGGCCUGCUUUGUUAUUCUACAAAAACAUUAUUUUUUUUUUUUGUAUUUCAUAUGGAUUUCACAUGCGUUUUUAAAAAAAUCUUUUUUUUAUUUUUUUUCCUUUACAUAAAAAAUCGAAAAGUUUAUUUUGGCUGAUGUAGUUUUGAUUUGAGCCCUUAUCCCAGAUCCCAGCAGGAAAUUGCAUAUCUUUUGCAUGAUAGGCUAUGGUGUGGGUCUUCUACCCUAGCCUUCAUUUACAAAAAAAAAAAAAAAGUGUUGAACUAAAAAAAACAAACAUGUGGCUUGAGGGGCCAAAAAGUUAGUAGCGGCUUAUUGAACAGUAGCAGUUUUUACAUUCCCUUAUAAAAAAAUUUUCUCCUGGUCUGUGUUGGCUGGAUAGUCAGUACAUCCGUGAGCAAGCCUUUCUCGUCAUGAGACGUGCCCAGGUAUCUUCCCUAGCAAUCAUUGCAAAGGAAAGUGCAUAUUUACGAGGUCUACCCUGGCGAAUUGUCUUCCGAAGGAACCCGUAUACAGUGCGACCUCGGUUUACAAACGCCUCGGUUAACGUAAUUUUUGUUCACAAAUGAAAAUCCAUUGAAAAUAAUCCCUCGGUUUACACAUUUUUUUUUUUUCCCGCAAUACAAAGCAAGUUUCCCCAGGAUGCAUUGCACCGGGGAGGUUUAUAGCCCCGCCCCCUGCAUGCUGGAGCCUGUGGGUAGCUCGUGGCGUCGAGUGGGGUGGUGUUGGAGCGGCUUUUGCAUUGAGUUUUGGAGCCGUUCUGGAAAUUGUUUGCAGUUGUUUUGGGACUUUUUGGUGCAUUUCUCAAGCUGUGGAAAGGUAGGGAGCUGAGCUUUGUCAUUUGCAUUCCUUUUAUUGUGUGUUCUGCAUUGUGGGUUGGUUUCCAUGCCAGCUCAUUUUGACUUUUUUUCUGACCUCCAGAACGGAUUAAUCGCUUUUCAAUGCAUUCCUAUGGGAAACCGCGUUUCAGUUUACAAAUUUUUCGCAAAGGGAAACAUCCCAGAGAACGCAUUAAAUUCGUAAACCGAGGUCCCGCUGUAUUCCUUUUUUCAAGGGAAAAGCCAUUUCACUGGUCUUCAUUGGAAGAACUUUCUGAGGACCAAUGCUUUAAUAAUAAAUAAAAUACUAACUGGAUUUGGAAAGUCCUGGAUGUUUUGGAGAUUUGGGGUUGUUGUGUUUUUUUUUGUUUUUGUUUUUUUGGGGGGUGGGGGGUGUUCUCAGCUUUUUGUUAAGCAUAUUUAAACUUGACAAAUUAUUUUAUUUUUAUUUUCUCUAUUGUGAUAAUUUGUGUUAAUUAAGGCCUUCCAAGUAAUAAUUGGCUUUUAAACCUCAAUUAUUCCAAUGGGAAUGCCCUUUAUUUUGCCCUUGUGCAAACUUAAAGUGGCACUCUCCCACCUCUAGUUUUGCCAAUAUCUAAUGGAACUGUAGGCUGCGCUUUGUAAAGUGGAACUUGCAGGGUCUUUGCAGCAAUAUAUCCAUGGUGUUGCCUGGAAGGGGCGGGAGCAUAGUUCCUACAGUGUCUUUAUCCUGCUUAAACUUUUCAGAAAGCUUGUGUCUAUAUGGAAAAUAUCAAGAAUUGAUUUGUUUGUUUUUCCGCUUUUUUUUUUUUCAAAGCAAUAAUGCAGAAGGUUUGUUAACAAUCACGUAUGAAUUUGCACAACCAUUUACAAGCACUCAUUCUGGCAAUGCUACGCUCCUCACCCCUGUUACAGCACCGAUAGUGUUUGCUAUGGUAAGCAAUCAAAAGCUAUCACUUCAGUAGAAGUGUCUUUUAUUGUUUAAAAUUAGAUUAUUUCUAUCUUGGAGUUUGAAGAUGUUAACUCAAACAAAGAAUGUUUUACUUUCAGGUUUUAGAUUAUUGGCAAUUCUAAGAAGUCUUUCACUUUGAGUGGUAUUUGAAUUUUACAGUGUGCUUAUAUAUGUUACAGAAUAUCAUUUUCAGUGGAAUUUGACCCUGCUUUAGAGCCUUGCGUAAUGUGUAUUCUGAUUUAUUAGCAGAUGUUAACCUCCCAACAUUCCAGAAUGUUGACCAAACUCUUCCACUUACCGCUGUCUCUCACCAAUGGCUUAUUGUACCUCUCUCUAGAAAGUACAGGCGCUUUUACAUGAAACUCUCAAUAUAAUUAAAAAACAAAAUAAAAAUUGAAUUGUAUACAAUAGUUGUGGUGUGUUUACUGUGCAUAUUAUGUAUUUCCGUGUAGGAUUUGGUCAGUGUUUAAAACAACCAGGUAUGGUACUGUAACAACUGGGAGACCCCAUCUGGCUAGCCCUCCUUUAGUGGAUGUUUUGCAGGUGGAAGUGCAUAUUAAAACAAACCUCAAUUUAGAGCUGACAAGUUUUUAAUUUGUAGAGCCAGGUACUGCAUUUCAAUAAAACUGCACACAUUACUCACUGAUGGUUUAGCCAUUAUUAUGGAAGUUUGAGACAGCUGUAUGUUGCCUCCAAGAUUAGGUCCAGGCUCUAGAUUUAGUCACUUUCCUUGAACUGUUGCGGCCUAGAUACUGCUCACCAUAACUGUUUGCAUGUAGAUGUGACUGUCUUUCACAGUGCCACAGUCAAGACUGUUAAAUAAAAGAAUUCACAAAUUCUGUUUACAAGUUAAGAAGAAGAAGAAUAAUUUAAUAAUAUAUUGCAAUUUUUAUAGCGCUUUUCUCCCUGUGAGACUCAAAACACUUUGCAAAUACACAAACAUAAAGACAUAAAAGUUCAGAGUUUCUGAUGGUCAGAUGAGCGGACAGAAUGCCUGAUGGAAGAGGUCGGUCUUUAGUUUUUGUUUGUUUUUAAAAGUCAUCUUUAAAGACGGUGCCUCUCUGAGCAUGGUAAAGAGUUACAGAAGUUAGAGGUAGUGUGGCUGCCUCUCAUUGCUCCCCCAGUGACGGAUGGUGACAGUUACUCAUUGCUCCCCCAGUGACGGAUGGUGACAGUUACUCAUUGCUCCGCAGUGACAGAUUUUGACAGUUACUCAUUGCUCCACAGUGACGGAUGGUGACAGUUACUCAUUGCUCCGCAGUGACGGAUGGUGACAGUUACUCAUUGCUCCACAGUGACGGAUGGUGACAGUUACUCAUUGCUCCCGCAGUGACGGAUGGUGACAGUUACUCAUUGCUCCUAUGGUGAUGGUGACAGUUACUCUUUGCUUCCGCAGUGACGGAUUGUGACAGUUACUCUUUGCUUCCGCAGUGACGGAUUGUGACAGUUACUCUUUGCUUCCGCAGUGACGGAUGGUGACAGUUACUCUUUGCUUCCGCAGUGACGGAUGGUGACAGUCAUUGCUCCCGCAGUGACGGAUGGUGACAGUUACUCAUUGCUCCUACGGUGACAGUUACUCAUUGUACCCGCAGUGACGGAUGGGGACAGUUACUCAUUGCACCCCCAGUGACGGAUGGUGACAGUUACUCAUUGCACCCGCAGUGACGGAUAGUGACAAUUACUCAUUGCACCCGCAGUGACGGAUGGUGACAGUUACUCGUUGCACCCGCAGUGACGGAUGGUGACAGUUACUCGUUGCACCCGCAGUGACGGAUGGUGACAGUUACUCUUUGCUUCCGCAGUGACGGAUGGUGACAGUUACUCAUUGUACCCGCAGUGACAGAUGGUGACAGUUACUCAUUGCUCCUACGGUGACAGUUACUCAUUGUACCCGCAGUGACGGAUGGUGACAGUUACUCAUUGCACCCGCAGUGACGGAUGGUGACAGUUACUCAUUGCACCCGCAGUGACGGAUGGUGACAGUUACUCAUUGCACCCGCAGUGACGGAUAGUGACAGUUACUCAUUGCACCCUCAGUGACGGAUGGUGACCGUUACUCGUUGCACCCGCAGUGACGGAUGGUGACAGUUACUCGUUGCACCCGCAGUGACGGAUGGUGACAGUUACUCGUUGCACCCGCAGUGACGGGUGACAGUUACUCGUUGCACCCGCAGUGACGGUUACUCAUUGUUCCCGCAGUGACGGAUGGUGACAGUUAUUCGUUGAACCCGCAGUGACGGAUGGUGACAGUUACUCGUUGCACCCGCAGUGACGGAUGGUGACAGUUACUCGUUGCACCCGCAGUGACGGAGGGUGACAGUUACUCGUUGCAUCCGCAGUGACGGUUACUCAUUGCUCCUGCAGUGACGGAUUGUGACAGUUACUCAUUGUUCCCGCAGUGACGGAUGGUGACAGUUAAUCGUUGAACCCGCAGUGACGGAUGGUGACAGUUACUCGUUGAACCCGCAGUGACGGAUGGUGACAGUUACUCGUUGCUCCUGCAGUGAUGGAUGGUGGCAGUGACGGAUGGUGACAGUUACUCAUUGCUCCUAUGGUGACAGUUACUCAUUGCUCCUGCAGUGACGGAUGGUGACAGUUACUCCUUGCUUCCGCAGUGACGGAUGGUGACAGUUACUCCUUGCUUCCGCAGUGACGGAUGGUGACAGUUACUCAUUGCUCCUACAGUGACAGUUACUCAUUGCACUUGCAGUGACAAAUGGUGACAGUUACUCAUUGCACUUGCAGUGACGGUUGGUGACAAUUACUCGUUGCACCCGCAGUGACGGAGGGUGACAGUUACUUGUAGUCAGGAAGAUGUUGUAUGUAGCAUUUGAACUAAGGAGAGAUGUAAGUGGGAAAAGGGGAGUGCACAAGAGGGAAAAAAGGGAAGUAUACUCUAAACUGGAUGGCUUGGCUUUUUAACCUGUAGUCUGCCGGGCAUAAACAGAUUAUUGUAGUGAUUAAGGUCCAGAGAGUAUUUAGGUGCCGUCUUCUUCGCUUAAAGGAUAAUUGAAGUCACCCAGGCCACUUCAUCUCGAUUAAGUGGUUUUGGUGCAUUGGUCCUUUUUUAACCUUUUUAUGCAAAACUGUUAGCUGCAAAAAGCCUGCAGGCACUGACUAUACUCACCAGAACAAACACAAUAAGCUGUAGUGUUUCUGGUGGCUAUAUUGUCCCUUCAAAGAGUUAAGCUAGCCUCUAGUGCAGGCUUCCCAAAACUCCGGCCCUCCAGAUGUUGCUGAACUGCAACUCCCAUGAUUCUAUGAAUGAAAUGGGCUGAGAAUCAUGGGAGUUGUAGUUCAGCAACAUCUGGAGGGCCGGAGUUUGAGGAAGCCUGCUCUAGUGGCUGUCAUACUGAGGUGCAUCGCUGCACUGACUUAGUAAAACUCGGUCAGGUGACGUUCGACAUCGAACUUAAUCAAUUGCAGCUCAUAGGAGAGCAUUCUUAUGGGAAAGCUGAGUGUACUGACUGCACACUCUGCACACGCACUUCAGGUCCCCAGUGCUCUACUAUGAGAAACUUUUGGAUUGGGCCGAAUGAGAGAUUUGGGAUAUUUUCCCUCUUUUCUAUAUAAUUCACUGAAUUAGUGCCAAUUAAACGAUUAGAGUUGCCUUUUAAGGGUUACUUGGUAAAUGACAAGUUUUAGAUAUAGGGGGGGAGCAUGACUUUUCCAAUGCCAUCAGUUGGGACCAAGGGCAUAUAUCUACUGUGCUUAGAAUGAGUACCAAUAAGGUACAAAGGGAAUCCUGAGGCAGACAUAGGCAUCUCCAAAGUCCAGGCAGCCCAGCUUCAUAGGCAAAUUCAAGCCAGAUUUUCAAUAUCAGGAUAGCACACUCCUAGGAUUCUGGCUAUUCAGAAAUGUCCUAAGGGUACAAAGUGUUUAGCCCAGCACAUGUCUGCUGGUCAUAUGUAAUUCUCUGUGUGUAUUUCUCAGUCAUGACUUUGGAAAAGACUUAGUAGUCUAGUGAUACAUACUGUGGAUUUCUUGGUCUCCCAAGCACACCAAAUAGGGAAGCAUGGAAUGAAAUGCAAUGCAUCAUAAAGUUCUGACUCUAGUUUUGCUGAAAAGCAUGUGAAUAUUCAAUAUUAUGAUUGUUACUACUGUGUUUAGAUCUUUCACUCAUUUAAUUUUCAAGCACCUGUGCUCAGCCUUCAAUAGCAGGAUUUCCUGAACGUUCUGCAAUAUUAUUUUUGUUUAUACAGCGCUCAUUAAGUUUACUUUGUGGUAUUUUAUAGUUCGUAAGCUUGCAGACAGAGCCCUCUAUUCCCUUUUGUAUUUGUAUGCACAGAUAUAUUGUAUUAUGUUUUCUGUUUGCUUUGAGGAGAAAAAUGCAGGUGUUAAAGGGAUGCUAGGUAUUUAUAAAUAAAAAAAAGACAAGAGACUUGGACUCAGUUGAGUCCUGUUCCACCUCCUUGCAGAAGAAUGGUAACAGACCCCUUUAUCCUACCCCCUAUCAAGAUGAAGGUCACCUAGACUGUGUUAGCUAAUAGGAGAUAACCCUUAAAGGACCACUAUAGUGCCAGGAAAACAUACUCGUUUUCCUGGCACUAUAGUGCCCGGAGGGUGCCCCUCCCGCCCGGCUCUGGAAAGGGGUAAAAACUUACCUUUUUCCAGCGCUGGGCGGGGAGCUCUCCUCCGACGAUCCUCCUCCUCUCCGCCCAUUCAGCAGAAUGCGCACGCGCGGCAAGAGCUACGCGCGCAUUCAGCCGGUCGCAUAGGAAAGCAUUCACAAUGCUUUCCUAUGGACGCUGGCGUGCUCUCACUGUGAAAAUCACAGUGAGAAGCAUGCAAGCGCCUCUAGCGGCUGUCAAUGAGACAGCCGCUAGAAGCUUUGGGGGAAGGCUUAACCCAUUUAUAAACAUAGCAGUUUCGCUGAAUCUGCUAUGUUUAGAAAAGAAUGGGUUAACCCUAGCUGGACUAGGCACCCAGACCACUUCAUUAAGCUGAAGUGGUCUGGGUGCCUAGAGUGGUCCUUUAAAUAUUAAAAUGAAAAAAGGUCAAAAAUCCCAGCUGCCUCUUUUUAAGAGGAGGCUAGUGGGAAAGAGCCCAGUAUAAUAUGCUAGUAGCCAAGCAAAUAAUCACAACAUUUAUUAUCAACAGAUGAGCUACUAGAUCAACGAGGGAAUACUUAUCUACUAAAGAUAUCUAAUAACUGGAUAAAUAGUUAUCCUUGUGUUUGGGCAGGUAAUAGUAGAGGGGAUGGGGAUGGGAGGUAACCAACUCCUAUCAUAUAAUCGAAAAAAGGACUUAAAGGACCACUAUAGGCACCCACACCACUUCAGCUCAAUGAAGUGGACUGGGUGCCAUGUCCCCCUAGUUUUAACCCUGCAGCUGAAAACAUAGCAGUUUCAGAGAAACUGCUAUUUUUACACUGCAGGGUUAAUACCGCCUCUAGUGGCUGUUUACCUGACAGCCACUAGAGGCUGCUUCCGCGUUUUACAUGGAGUAAAUCGCCAUUAUUUGACGCUUGACGUCCUCACGGAGACCAAUGUCAAAAAAGAUUCCCAUAGGAAAGCAUUGAGUAAUGCUAUACUAUGGGCGGGUUUGAAUGCGCGUGUGCUCCUCUGGCCGUGCAUGCACAUUCGGCUCCACUCGGAAGCGACAUCGAUAGGAGAGGUCACCAGUGCCGAGGUAUCCCAGCGCGGGAUUAAGAUAAGCAAAGAAAUGGUUAACACUUUAUUUGCCGUGGAACGGGGCCCUAGUCACCUAAACGGUGACUAGGGCUCUUUAGCGUUAGGAAUGCAUAUUUGUACUCCUAACAUUACAGUGUUACUUUAAAGCAGCAGCCGCUCUAAAAGUAGACAGGGAAAAGAGGAAUUCUAUCGUGAAGGAUAAUCUCCAUCAAAAGACCCUAGAGAAAAGCGCUAAAAAUCCUUAUAAGGGGAAGGGAAACAAGGGGCAUAGCUACCACCCACAACCCAUUAAAGGGAUCCCCCCCCUUACUGGUCCCUGUUCACUUUUAGAGCUGCUGCUCCUUUAAGUACUUUUUUGGAUUAUAUGAUAGGAGUUGGUUACCUCCCAUCCCCAUCUCCUCUACUAUUACCUGCCAAAACACAAGGAUAACUUUUUAUCCAGUUAUUAGAUGCACUUAUAUCUUUUAGUAGAUAAGUUCCCUCGCUGAUCUAGUAGCUCAUCUGUUGAUAAUAAUAAAUGUUGUGGUUUUUUGCUUGGCCACUAGCAUAUUAGACUGGACUCUUUCCCACUUGCCUCCUCUUAAAAUGAGACAACUAGAAUUUUUUAGACCUUUUUUCAUUUUAAUCAAAACAUCUUUAUCUUAAUGAAGCAGUUUGGGUGUAUAGAUCAUGCCCCUGCAGUCUCAGUGCUCAAUUCUCUGAGCAUUUUUGUGCCUAUAGUAUUCAUUUAAGGCUCACCAGAGCACAUGCAAAAGACAAUAAUUGUAUCCCUUAUAUGAAAGUGAAACGGUAAGUGGUACAUGGAACUAAGUAUGUGUGAGUGUUCUACUUUAAGUAACACUCCAAGCACCAUAACCACUACAGCACACAGUAAGUAGUCAAAUUUGACUUCUUAACUGUUUGCUGGGCAGCACACCCCGCUUCUACUGCAAGCAGAUUUUCUGAGCUAACUUGGUGAUGCUCUCAGUUAAUGAGCUAGCCUUGCACUGCAGGGCUUAGCUCAGGAGUGCUAAUGAAAGCAUCUAAGCAGGAGAUUCUAGCUCUCCUGAAGCCUGUAGAGAGGUGACGAGCAGAGCCUAUGUAAGAAGUCAAACCAAAUGCUAAAACAGUCUUUUACUACUUAUAAUGAUGGGGCUAGGGCAUCCAUGGAACCAUAACCACAACAUUGUGCUGUAGUGUUACUGGUACUUGGAAUGUUCCUUGAAGUUUAAACACUCAGUUUGCCUUUUAAAAUGAGGAAAAAAACUGUAUUGACAUGGAUAUAUUAAACUGUAUUUUUAUGUCUUAUAUAUGUGUAUCAUGAUGAUCAGUGAUCAAUAAUCAAAGCAGUCAGACAUUCUCAUGGGUUUACAUGGUUAUGGAAUGUUGGAUUAGAUUAUUCAUAAUAAAUAGUUGUAUUUCUUCCCAUAGCCUCUUUGGGAUAUUUCAAUAACGAUUUUUCAGUUUGCAAACUGCAAGCACCUGAGAACCUGGCUGCUCUCAAAAUCUCAUGGAAAUUGUAAUUUUAGAACUGUUAUAUGUGUUCUGUUAUCAGAACACCUUGGCUUUAAUGUACAUUAAUAAAGUUUAUAAUCAUAACCCAAAAUAAGGGACAGCCAACAUUCAAGUUGCUCACUUUCCUUGGCUAUAUAAUUAGACUAAAAAUUAAUGUAGGCGGUAACAGCUUGUUGAGCAAAGGAGAAAAACUGCCAUUUUGGAAUGCAAAGGGAAUUUUUCCUUGUUUGUAGCAUAAUUAGAAAUGGCUUCAAAUUCUUUUUGUGAACUUGUUUUUGUUUUGUAUUGUUUUUUUCUCCUUGCCUAUAUUACUGUGUAACAGUACUACCAUCACAUCCUUGAUUUUCUACAGGAUGAUUUUUCCCAGUGCCAUUGUCAGGCCGCUCUAGAGAUCUGAGUGCGGAAAUCACACUCAUUGUUUCGAUAAGGUCACGUCUAAACCGAGACCCAAAUAUAUUUCCAGAUGAUCAAUUUGGGACAGUAUUAUGGCUUCAUCAGCUAAUCACGGCUCCACCUCUUUGAACCUCUGGAGGAUAACCACUGACCUUCAAAGCCAUCUUCCUGAUUAGUGUCUCCACCUCUAGUAGAGUAGGUGAAAUUAACCCCAUUAAUAGAGCAGAUAUGUUGUGCAUUGUGAGUAUAUACAAUAAAUCACUAUCACGUUAAUUAUUUAGUUUUGAUACUGCAAUUUUUUUUUAAAUUGUGUUUAUCACAUUCAUUUUGCAUUAUUUAUAUAUAUAUUCACAAUGCUCUUCAGGGGCGGACUGAGAACCCUCAGGGCCCCCGGGCAAAAUAAAUCAAGGGCCCCCUUACAGGCCCCACCCAUACUCUGCAGCAAGCGCCACCCUUGUCCCGCCUCCAUGCACCGCCUCCAGCCACACCCUACACAAUCUUUAGACACAAGGAACAAAAGGGCAAUAAGCCCUUCGAGGCCCCAGCAGAGACUACAAUUGAGGGCUAAUGGGCCAUGGAGGGGGGUCUUUCUAGCGGAGGCUAUCUCAGUGUCCUUUAGAGUGUGUGUUAGAAAGAAUCCCCUCAAGGCCCCAUUAGAGACUACAAUGGAGUCUAAUAGGCUUGGAAGGGGGUCUUUCUAACAGAGGCCAUCUCAGCGUCCAUUAGAUAUCCCCUGCUGGAAACAGUCGCCUCCAGGCCCCAGUAGAGACUACAACUGAGGGCUAAUGGGCCAUGGAGGGGAUUUCUAGCAGAGGCUAUCUCAGUGUCCUUUAGAGAGUGUGUUAGAAAGAAUCUCCUCCAGGCCCCAUUAGAGACUACAAUGGAGUCUAAUGGGGCCUGGAGGGUGGUCUCUCCAACACUCUGGUUCCUAUUCACAAUAUAGCAACACAACAUAGCUCACUGAUACCUAGGCCAAGUUGGCUCCUCUUACCUUAAUUACUGUUGCUGGCUGGCAGUCUGUGGGCUUGCUUGCUGCGGCUGGCAGGCUGUGGGCUUGCUGCUGGCAGGCUGUGGGCUUGCUGGCUACUGCCGGCAGGCUGUGGGCUUGCUGGCUACUGCCGGCAGGCUGUGGGCUUGCUGGCUACUGCCGGCAGGCUGUGGGCUUGCUGACUGCGGCUGGCAGGCUGUGGGCUUGCUGGCUGCGACUGGCAGGCUGUGGGCUUGCUGGCUGUAAGCCUGUGGGCUGGCUACUGGCCUGUGGGCUGGCUAACUGGCUGGCUACUGGCCAGCCUGUGGGUUGGCUGGCUGGCUACUGGGGCACUUGUAGAUUAUUUAAAUAAAUAAUCCAUGCGCAAUAACCACUACUGCUCCAGAGUAAGUAGUCAAACCAUUUAAGAACAGUUUGACAACUUACCUGGGAUCUGCUGGGAUAUGGGGGCUGUAGUAGGGAAUAGGAGCAGUGGUGCAAUGUGUGUGAAAGGUUCAGUGUGUGUGGGGGGGGUGUGGGCUGUGUACAUGUGUGGCAAUGUUAGUAUGGGGGUCUAUGUGUAUAUGGGUGGGCAGUGUAUGUGUGUGUGUGAAGCAAUGUGUGUAUGGUGUGUAUGGGGGCAGUGUGUGAAUGUGUAUGGUGUGUGUGUGUGGGCAGUGUGUUUAUGGGGCUAGAGUUCACUCUCACCACUGCGACCACCAGGAAUCCCUGGGGGUCACAGUGUUGAGAGUGAACACUAGACCGUAGCUCCAGGGCUAGAGUUGACUCUCGCAAGAGCGGUAACGUUGCCAUGGUAAUCGCGGCAACGCUCUGUGCUCGUGCAAGAAGGACCCAGAGGAGCUGCAGGGUGAGCUCCCAGGUCCUCUCUUCCUUCCUCCCCUGCCCGCACGGUCCCUGUGUGCCUUUUUGUCUCCCCCCGUCCCUCUGUAUGUUUCUUUCUCCCCCCUCCUUCCCAGUCUUUCUUACCCCUCUGCCUCUUUCUCCCUCUCUUCCACUGUUUUUCUCCCCCCUUUCCCUGUCUCUCUCUCUCUCCCCCACAACUCUCUUCCUCUCUGUCUCUUUCUCCCCCUCCCCAUCUCUUUCUCCCCCUGUGUCUCUUUCUCCCCCUCCCUAUCUCUCUAUUACCCCUCUUUCUCCCCGUGUCUCAUUCUUCCCUCUCUGUCUGUCUCCCCCCUCCCCAUAUCUCUGUUCCCCCCUCUUUCCAUAUCUCUGUUCCCCCCUCUUUCUCCCCCCUCCCCAUAUCUCUGUUCCCCCCUCUUUCUCCCCUCUCCCCAUAUCUCUGUUCCCCCCUCUUUCUCCCCUCUCCCCAUAUCUCUGUUCCCCUCCCUCUCCCCAUAUCUCUUUUCCCUCCCUCUCCCCAUAUCUCUUUUCCCCUCCCUCUCCCCAUAUCUCUUUUCCCCCUUGCAUUGAGCUCCACGCAUCUUUUGGCUGUUUCUAGUUUGUUCUUGGUAUCCUGUAGUCUGAGCCUGUUCACCUGGAAUGUGCACACCUGUUCUGGUUCCUUGAUGAUUGGCUGAGACUCCUAUUUAAACCCUUGAGGCUGGUUCUCGUGGUCAGAUCGUGUUUCCUAUUCCUGUUUGGUUUCACUGCUGUUCAUCUGACUCCUGCUUUUGAUCUCCUGCUCGUCUACUGUUUUCGCCUGAUUGCCGCCCGUCCUGACUUCUGAUUCUGAUACUGACUACUCUUCUGGAUAUCCUUGUCUGUACUGCGUUCCAGGAAGCACUGGUUUUUUCAGCCCCAGUGCACUGUGUCACAGCCUUGGGGAUUUCUGUCCUGAGUCCCCUCGGUCUGUGUCGAAUUGCAAAGGGUGCCUCAACUCUGCGUGCCGGACUCCCACUUCAGGUAAGAUCCUUGACAGUACGAUCUGACCAAAUGGAGUCUGCAGAGUUGAAGAUUACCGUUGCAGCCUUGACCCAGCAAGUUUCCCAGCUCACCCAGGCUUUGCAGGGCUUACAGCAGGAGCUGGCUUCCCUUAAAGGGAGAGUAACCUAUGACUCUGGACUCUCUGAACCGCUGGUUGCUCUACCCGAGAAAUUUUCUGGGAUCUGGUCUAAGUAUGAUACCUUCAAAGUUGAUUGCGAGGUCCUGUUCUCCCUGAGACCACUUACCUAUGCCACAGACGUCAUUAAAGUGAGGACAGCGAUUACCUUAUUGUCGGGGCACCUUAAGAUCUGGGCCCACCAGUUGUUACUCGCCAAAAGCCCAGUCCUAAAUUCCUGGGAGUCCUUUAUUCGGUCCCUGGGUUUACAAUGCAACAAGACACAAAAGUCAUAUGUACAUAGAUCAUCUGCUGUUGCUUCACACAUAUUGCAACCCGGACUGGAAAUGGACUACACUACUCCUUUCACUCGGACUGAUGUUACAGCUAACCCUACCGCUCCCAAGUCUCCCGAAACAUCGUAUAAAUCUGGCAGGGAGGCGGAGGAACCCAUGGAGAUUGGACUGGUUAGGUUCCGUCAGUCAUCUCAAGAAAGGGCAAGAAGGAUGGCGCAUGGACUGUGUUAUUAUUGUGGGGAGAUGGGACAUUUAAUAUCUUUUUGUCCCAUUCGUCCAUCUAGGUCUCGGGUUCUCCGUCUGGGUACUACUCUGGCAUAUCCUAUGAGACCUGUCUGCCAACAUGCUGCCUGUCCUUGCUUGACCACUCUGUCCAAUCCUCAGCCUUCUACAGUCGUUGCUCCUGAGGUUGUGCAGGAAUCUGUUACUAAAGAACCUGAGAUCUCUAUUUCUACUAAAGAUUCUGCUUCUAAGAAGGCAAGCACCACAACCACUACAAGUCCUGUCAAGGAAGACCCUCUUUCUGGCUGUACCUAUGCCUCUAAUGGGACUCUAGUCCGGAAGGAGGACUUGCAAGUAUUUGAAAAGGCCCUACAAGCUAUGACCUCUGCUCCUACUAGUACCACCAAAGCCAAGAAAUCCAAAAAGUAACCUCCUGGGUCGUAAGUUGCGUUCCUCUUCUCGCCUACGGCGUCUUUGAAGGGGGGGUAAUGUCAGGAUCACCAUUGUGCUUUACACAAUAUUGUGUAUUUGGGUCUGGCUGGGAUCAAACCUGAGUUUCCUGCAUCCCAGUCAGUAUCCUUGCAUUGAGCUCCACGCAUCUUUGACUGUUUCUGGUUGUUCUUGGUAUCCUGUAGUCUGAGCCUGUUCACCUGGAAUGUGCACACCUGUUCCUGGUUCCUUGAUGAUUGGCUGAGACUCCCUAUUUAAACCCCGCAAGGCUGGUUCUCGUGGUCAGAUCGUGUUUCCUGUUCCUGUUUGGUUUCACUGCUGUUCAUCUGACUCCUGCUUUUGAUCUCCUGCUCGUCUACUGUUUUCGCCUGAUUGCUGCCCGUCCUGACUUCUGAUUCUGAUACUGACUACUCUUCUGGAUAUCCUUUGUCUGUACUGCGUUCCAGGAAGCACUGGUUAUUUCAGCCCCAGUGCACUGUGUCACAGCCUUGGGGAUUUCUGUCCUGAGUCCCCUCGGUCUGUGUCGAAUUGCAAAGGGUGCCUCAACUCUGCGUGCCGGACUCCCACUUCAGGUAAGAUCCUUGACCGGCCGCCCCCUCACAGUGUGCCACCGGACCGGCCACCCGGUGGCACCUGCAGUCCCCAAAUGCCGCCCCCAAUCCAGCCCUGCCGCCGGGCCCCCUGAAGGCGGCCCUGACGGCGGGCCCCCCUCCCGGCCGGGCCCUCGGACCAUGUCCGAAGUGCCCGACCGGUCAGUCCGCCCCUGAUGCUCUUACAACAGACUAUUAAAAUACACUUUAGUUUAUUUAGUUUUAAGCAGCAUUUCAUUUGUCUCCCACAUUUGGAAUGAGUGUAAGACUCAAUGAUCUUGUGGUACUGCGAAGUAGUGGUGAGCUUAACACAAUAUGGCCAUAUGGUGGAACUGAAUCCCCAUAUCUGCUUCCUAAGAAGAUGUUAAUAAGUAGCCUUGAAAUGUAAAAAAAUAUUUUUAUGUGUGCGCUGUUCCUUAAACUGUACUAUGUGGAAUAGACUUUGAAUUUACUUAUAUUCCCAACAUUUCUCACUUUUGUGAAUAACCCCAGUGAGAGUCAGGAAGCUUAAUGCUGCAAAGAGUUUGAAGUGGUCAUGGUAUCAAUGUUCCUUUUAAAGUAUUUUCUCUUUCUGUUUGUUCAAGAGUUACAGGAUAUAUCUAUCUAUAAAAGAAAAGUAAAUACAGAGAAGAAACUUUAAGAUUACAGGGCUUAGCGAUAAAGGCUUUAAACGAUUUUAGCUGUUCCCAGUUAAUGUUGAUAUAAUGCAAGCUGGGGAAUAUAGUGCAGGGAGUGGAUGAUUGUUUUAGGUUUGCCAAGUCUGCAAGGAAAAGGAAUGAGGUAGUGCUGGAUUCAUGCCCUUAUUGUGCAAUUCAUCACACCUACAACAACUCAAAUGCAGAAUAAAUUAAUAAUCUUUUUGAAGUUUGAGUCAUUGUAGUCGUUUUCUUCUUUUGAUCGAUGAUCUUUAUUGAAGCUCAGACCAAGCAGUUAUAUAUUUGCAAAAUUAAAGGGACACUAUAGUCACCUGAACAACUUUAACUUAAUGAAGCAGUUUUGGUGUAUAGAACAUGCCCCUGCAGCCUCACUGCUCAAUCCUCUGCCAUUUAGGAGUUAAAUCCCUUUGUUUAUGAACCCUAGUCACACCUCCCUGCAUGUGACUUGCACAGCCUUCCAUAAACACUUCCUGUAAAGAGAGCCCUGUUUAGGCUUUCUUUAUUGCAAGUUCUGUUUAAUUACAAUUUUCUUAUCCCCUGCUAUGUUAAUAGCUUGCUAGACCCUGCAAGAGCCUCCUGUAUGUGAUUAAAGUUCAGUUUAGAGAUUGAGAUACAAUUAUCUAAGGUAAAUUACAUCUGUUUGAAAGUGAAACCAUUUUUUUUUUUUUCAUGCAGGCUGUAUCAAUCAUAGCCAGGGGAGGUGUGGCUAGGGCUGCAUAAACAGAAACAAAGUGAUUUAACUCCUAAAUGACAGUGAAUUGAGCAGUGAAGUUACAGGGGAAUGAUCUAUACACUAAAACGGCUUUAUUUAGCUAAAGUAAUUUAGGUGACUAUAGUGUUCAUUUAAGUUACAUUUAAAAUAAAGGUGUUUUGCCUUGAAUAUUCCCAUUGCCUUGAAUCAUCAUUAUUUUAUCAAGCAUACCUCUUUCACAACAGGAAGAGUGCUUCAGUCUGGAAAGACUGUGGUCUAUGGGGUCUAUUCUUCUUCAAUAAAACCCUGUCCAGCAGUAGCUUCUUGGAUAAGUCAUUUAUCCCCUGGAGACAGAGCUGAUGUAAAAUGUUGUAAAUCCCUAGCAAUUAAAGGAAUAUACCAAGCUCCGUAAUCACUACAGUGCUCUGUAGUGGUUAUGGUGCCAUAAGUGAUAGUCUCCUAAGGUAUUCGUUGUCAAUCUAUUUGGGAAUGAUUUGUAACCUGCUGGUGGACUGCCAGGCUCUGAUCAUCAACUAAUUGAAACUGUUUACUGGAGCUUCCGGCUCUACAAGGGGCCGUGACCAACUCCAAGCGGACACCAUGUAUGUUAUCAAACCAUUCACAAAUGGUUUAACUACUUACCUUGGAAGGCCUUGAGGGCACUCCUGAUACCAUAGCCAUUACUGCACUGUUUUCAUUUCAAACUGAAAUGCCUGUUGAUUGGCAUUUGUUAAACACUGCUUAUUUGACUCUCUGGGAUGAUACCCUUACAUCUGGCUGUAAUUUAUUAUCCAUGAGACAGACUCUCGAGUCACAUUCAUUGCAACAUUUUUCUUGUUUAUUUUUCAGAUCAUUUUUUUCUUUUUUUUUUUUUCCUUGUAGCAUUCUGUGUUACUGUUUAACUUGUUGGGGCCUUGUUUUUGAAUACUUAAUAAUUUUUUUUUUUUGUAGACUUUUUUUUCUUUCUUAAAAUCAUGCAAGAGAAUUGUACUGACUUGCCCACUUUAAGUGUGUGGUACUUUACAUAUGAGCGUGUGUGUUUAUAUAUAGCGUUAUGGAUAUAAUCUGGUUUUAGGUCUGCUAAACCCAUUCUACCAGAUAAAUCCUAUAUACUGCUGACCACCCAUAAUACACCAUAUUCAUGUGCACUUAAACUAGAACCAGAUCCUCCUCCUUUUUUUUUUUUUCUUUCUCCAAUUUCCCUUGACCCAUGGAAACGGUAUGUGUAGAUGGCCAAUAAGUUCAUUCUAAGGUUGGUGCAAUUCGUAAUGGAUUUCCUCAUUCUUGGAGCAACCUGAACCUUAACAUAAACAGCCUGCAUGAAGAUUCAGUGUCGGUUUUCAACGGGAACUGAAAAAACUAAAAUACUGCUAGUGUUUCAAAAAACAAGCAAACUUUCCCUAAAAUUGAAAAACAACACUACAACCGGAUUUCCGGACAUACUUUUCAAUCUUCUCUGUAUAACGACCUAUAGUAUAUGUUGCAGACAGGCCCCUGCAAGGGCCACUUCUUGUUGUUCAGUGAUACUUGGUGUUGAAACAAAAAUAAAGAAAUUAAAAAACAAAAACAAAAAAACAAGCAAACUUUCAAGUGACCCUGUCUGUUAUGUAUUGGUCUUCAUGAAGAAGGGGAAGGUGCAUGUGUGACUUUGUAAAGACGUUCAUACGGGCUUGUAGACCAUUCAGUAAAAGCUUCCUGAAAGUAGCGGUGGGAUGGUGAUAAUAUAGAAAUAUCCCAAUGCUUCCUUUUUUGUAGGAUGUAGUUAGUGGCGAAUAAUUUCUUGUACAUUAGUUGACUAUGUAUUCCAUCAAAAUCUUGAGUCCUAUAUCGGCGGUACGUCUAAAUAUGGCUGCACAGAUGACUAAGAUGCAUAUAGUUUCAUUAACUUCUGCAUUACCAAUGUUAGAUAGAAACCGCAUGGAACAUUCUUUGUUAUGGGAUAAAUCCUUUCCUGGCUCUAUUUGUAAUUGCAGUUGAGUUAAGAAAAACAAAAAAAUAAAAUGAAAGAUUUUAAAAUGUCAUACUGCUAGUAGAAGUGCUAGCAAAUGUUUUGAAUGGGGUAGGAAAUUAGGUAAAACUUUUUUUUUUUUUUUUUCUCACUGCCGCAGAGGUCUGCCGCACUGGCCCCACCCCCAGACCCACCGUUGUCUGACAUCAGAAUUGAUGAUUUCAGUGAAUCCAAUGUUUCCUCAUAGGGAAAGCAUUGGAUUGGCUGAGAUCACAAGGAGGUGGGGCCAAAUACCCUCACUGUGCAGCACUGCCCUCAGGAAGCACCUCUAGUAGCCAUCUGAAUAGUGGCCAUUGGAGUUAUCCCUGGGCUGUAAUGUAAACUCUGCCUUUUCUCUAAAAAGACAGUGUUUACAGCAAAAACCCUGCAGGGACUGACUAUACUCACCAGAAAAAAUACAAUAAACUGUAGUUGUUCUGGUAACUUUAGUGUCUCUUUCGCUUUUAUUGGGCAUAACAAAUAAAACAAAUGUGGAAGUAGAUGUUCAAAAUACAAUUUACAGUGUUAAUUGUCAUGAUUAAUACAGUCAGUCUAGCAAAUUAUCCACAAAGAAAAUAAAGGUUUGUUACUAAUAGUUAAUUAACACUUCAAGGCUCGGUAGCAAGGCAUCUCAGUUAAAUGUAACUGUGAAUAAAGAAACAUGCCAAAUGAUUGCGUCUAUAGUAGAACCCUCAACAUGAGGACAAGUUCUGUUUAUCCUCCUUGUAUGUGUACAGUUCUAUCUCAGGGACACUUAUGCCUCGUUUCCACUGAGCGGUAUGGUUCGGGUCGGUACGGUUAGAAUGGUCCAGCCUAUUCAGGUGAGCGUUUCCACUGCAGGUUGGACCCCCAGGGGGCAUGCGGGGUUUAGACCAAAUGCCUAGCGUGUCAUUUGUCGUGAGCAUUGACAUUUUCCUGUCCCCCGAUCAAUGGAUUGUAUAGUGUGACACCAGUAGCUCCGCCCUAACUGUACUGUGCCAUUUCCUAUGGACCUACAUCUGAAGGGGGCCCAGGAAUGGUGCGGUUCGGUUGUAUGGGCCACUUUCAUAAUGGAAACACUCAAAAUAGCGUACCAGACGUACCGACCCGAACCGUACUGCUCAGUGGAAAAGGGGCAUCAGUUUUCAGUUAGUUUGUUGAAUGAACUGCUGUGCGGAUAGGUGCCCUCAAAGGCACAGUAAUUUCAGGUCAUACAUUAGUGAAAAUAUAUCUCCUUAUCACUUUUAAGACUCCCCAUUAAGACUUUCACAAUUGCUGCAUUUGUUUAUGACCAAUAAAAAUUUACUUUUUUACUUUGGUUUCACUUUCUCUAAUACAUUAGCAGCUUUUUUUGGGUAGUGUGUGUAAUUAACCUGUUGGUAUAGCUUAUGGUGGUGGAAAUUCCCUGGAAUUUUAGAAAUAAAUACGUUCUGUGAAUAACCGCUUCACGUGUUCUGUCAAUAGAAGCUCACCUGUAAAGGCUGAAACCGUAUCACCUUAUUUAAAUAGGAAGGAGGAAAAGGCAUGCAGUUAUUCAUUAUAGGGACACGCUACACACCAACAUGACUUCAUUUUAUUCCUUACAGAUGUGUCUCCUCACAGUAGGAAGAUUUGGCUACAGUGUGGAUUACACGCAUGUUUAACCCUUUAAGGGCCAUGUCUAUGACAUAUACAUAUGAGACAUUAUUGUACAGCAGAGUUAAAUCCCUGCUGGUAUCAAGGAGCCCCAGUUAUCACUGGAUACCUAAGGGUCCCCUUUGUUAGCUGGGAACACAGCAGCUCCAGACUGACAGAUGAACUAUGAAUCACAUUCGUAUUAUUUAAAUACUGCUACUGAGUGGUAACGCUCAUCCAUUGGUAAUUCUUUUACUAAUUGGUAAUUCAAUCUCACAGAAACCUCCAAUGUCUUGACCUAGAGCAAUUCUCCACUAACCUCCAAACUCUCAUUUUACCUAUCUCAAACUUCAUCUGCCCUAGUUCUGCAAUCUCCUUCUGCAAUUCCACCCUCUCCUCUCAACUAGACAUCAUGGCACCUUCUACACUUAAAUGCAGCACGCGCCCCAACUACAACCUUGUCACACCAAGUUGACUCGAUACCUCUGUGCAUCUGACUUUCUUCACUAUAAAUGUAUGCUGUGCUCUUACAGCGUGGCUCUUUCCUCUUCAAAAGUAAAUUCCUUCAAUACCCUCAUAACCACACUGUCCCAUGAACCCAAAUGACUAUUUUACACUUUUAACUCUUUUCUUUGCCUUGUUGCUCCUAUUGCCACAAACUUUGCAACUCACUUCACUGACAAGAUAUCUACAAUCUGGGAAGAUAUAUCCCUCAUCUCUCUCCUUCCCCUUACAAUACUCACUGCUUCUGCUGUUCUAUGUUCAUUCACACUCGCUACAGCGGAAGAGGUUUCUGCUCUGCUCCGGUGCUCCCGCCCCACCACCUGAUCCUAUUCCCCUGCAUCUAAUCUGUACUCUGUCUCAUUCUCUUGAUCUGCCUCUUACUAAAAUUCUCAAACUCUCUCUCCCAUCUGACAUUUCCAUCACCCUUCAAACAUGCAACUAACCCUGAUUCUAAAGACCUCCUUAACCUUUCCGCUGCUUUUGACACGGUUGAUCAUCAACCGCUUCUUCUCAUCCUCCGUAAUCUGUCUACGAGUUAUUGCUCUCUCCUGGUUCUCCUCCUACCUCUCCCAGCGCUCUUUUAGUGUUUCUUUUUAUGGCUCUUCCCUCAACCCCUGUUGGUGUCCCCCAACGUUCAGUCUUUGGUCCCCACCUGUUCUCGAUCUAUACUCCCUCCCUUGGUAAACUCAUGAGCUCCUUUGGCUUCCAAUAUUAUUUCUAUGCGGAUGACACGCAAAUCUAUCUGUCCUCCCCUGAUCUCUCCCCUAUUGACUAGUGUCUGUGACUGCCUCUCUGCUAUUUCUAAUUGGAUGGCUGCUCACUUCCUUAAACUCAACCUAUCCAAAACAGAACUUUUGGUCUUUCCUCCCACAAGUGUUGCUACUUCUGUUUUUGUCUCUGUAGCAGAAUGGGCUUCGCCACAAUACAUUCCUUUUGCUAAGGGCUGUCCACCCACCCUAUUUGCUACUGUAUUUCAAUUAGGAAACAAGUAACAAUGUAAUAUUAACUCUCGUUCAUCUGGUUGUUUGGUAAGAAUCCCAUUUCAACUAUUUUACACUGUAUUGUUCGACAAACUAACAAACUACCGAACAACCAGGCCACCCAGGAGAGGAGCGUGGCAUCAAUUGACCUCCCUAACUUGGUUCACACUGCUUUAAUUGCCAACCGCACAAACUAACUUGGUGUUCCCUGGGUGGCCACCGUUUGUCAUACGAACACGUGGCGGCGGCCAUCUUAACAUACGAAUUGCACCAGCAGUGUUUGGUCGUUGAGUGUCUGGAACCCAAAUCGGACAUGCGACGGUACGUACACUGCAGAGACUUCCAUCCUCGCAUAAGUUCGUGGGAACUCAAGGGAACAUAGCGGCGUUCGGUAAAAGGAACCAUACAAAUGGGGGACAUUAAACGAACGAAGACACAAAACAUUCUGUUGUAUAUUUUCAUUUAUUUUAACCUCCCGAACGGAGAACGACCGCAAACCCGAAACUCAUGGAACUAUUCUCGGCUUACACCUCGUGUGCGGUCGGUAAAACUAAGACAUCCAUAAAACUUUUGAACCCCUGAACCGAUCUGGGUGAUUUUUUUCAGUAUGUUGCUCCCCCAGAUUGGGGCUAUCAGGGGAUGUUGGGAUUGUGAAUGUAGGAUAUGUUUUUGGAGGGUUUUCAUAAAAGUAUGAACAUUUUUAUUUUUCUGUUUUGGGAUAUUUGAGUUGAUACAGUAAUUAACUCAAUUAUGCCCUGAGCAGAGGGGAGGGAUUGUAUGCAGUGUAUGGGAGUGUCUUUUUAUUUUUAAUUUUUUUAUUCUUUAUUUAUGACAGUGCAAAAGAGUACACACAAGUUUAUUAUGCCAGCAUUGGCAAGCUCUGCAGUAGUAUACACUUCUGUACUAUGGCAUGUCAUGGGGCUAAAUGUGCACUUUUUAAUUUUUUGUAAUUUUUUUUUUUUAAAUGAGACAAAAUUGUAACACGCUUGAUAUAAUAGAUUUAGGCUAACAUGUCUAGAUACGAGGUGCCAGUAGAACAGUAUAACUUGCAAAUAAUACUAGACAAGGUGGGUAUUUGGUUAUUGCAUGCUAGUGAUAACAUGCUAGUCAGAUCAAAAGGGCAGAGGGACAAAAGGGGUAAAGAAAAAGGAAAACAGGGAUUCAUCAGCAAUAUUACACAGCAAUAGGCUCAACUCUGUUUUUACUGGUUGAUGUAUAUUUUUAUCGGUGCCCCACAAGGUCCACCUGGGUGGUAACCUUUGGGGCAAAAACCUGCAUAAAAGGCCGGCCUAGCCUUCAAAGGAUGAGUUCUGUUCCUAAUACUGAGUGUCGUCCAGUUAUUGGGAAGGGUGAUGGGAUAUUCUUGUAGCAUCUUGUUUUUAUGCCUGCUCUCUUGAAGUUUCCUGUUUGUUGGAGUAACCAGCGGAGAAGAAGACCUGCUACCACUGCUCUCCGCUACAGUCUCCUUCCAUGUUAAUGAUGCUACCAUCAGCUCCACCACACAGGCUCUCUGCCUAGGUGUUCUCUUUGAUUCCGACCUCUCCUUAACCCCUUAUGUCCAGUCUAUUGCCAAAUCCUGCCGCUUCCAUCUCAAAAACAUUGCGCGCAUCUGCCCCUACUUGACUCCAUAUGUGGCUAAGGUGCUGGUCCAUGCCACUGUCCUCUCUCACCUUGACUGCUGCAAUCCGCUUCUCAGUGGUCUUGCGUGCUCCCAACUUGCCCCAUUGCAAACUAUAAUGAAUUCGGCGGCGAGGUUCAUCUUCCUGUCUGCCCACGCCUCACCCCUCUGUCAGUCCCUGCAUUGGCUUCCCGUAAGAUAUAGGGCUCAAUAUAAAAUUCUGGUUCUUGCUUUCAAAUCUCUACAUAAUGCUACUUCCACCUAUCUAUCCUCCUUAAUAUAUGUACUCCCACCUCUGAUGCUCACCUUCAAGACUUCUCUAGGGCUGCACUGUUCCUGUGGAACGCCCUUCCCUUUUCCGUUAGACACCCACCCACUCUUUCAAAAAAAUCAUUAAAAACUCACUUUUUCACAAAAGCAUAUCAGUUAAACUGUUAAUGGCUCCCAACUGAUUCAUCUCCUCCAACUGUCAUUAAAAAAAGAAAAGAAAACCCACACUGUCCUAAGUGAAUAUUAUUCUACCAAUCUUCUUCCCUACACUUCCCUUACCUUUUUGUGUCACAUUACCCUACUCUCUAGCAUGUAAACUCAUUGAGCAGGGCCCUCAACCCCUCUGUUCCUGUACGUCAAACUUGUCUUGUUACAAUUACAUGUUUGCUAGUCCACCCAUUGUAAAGCGCUAUGGAAUUUGUUGACGCUUUAUAAAUAUAAAUAUAACAAUUCGGAGUCUGCCCCAUGAUGCGGGAGACCUCAGUGUCAGAAAAUACCCUGUUGAACUCUUCUUGCAUGCCCCCCUGCUCAGGGAUCAAUGCUGGCCCUUCCGAGCUGCCCAGCACCAAUCACAAUUUCAGGAGUUGCAGCAUUAGGAGACCGCCAUGUCCUGCUGCAGUCAUACAGUACACAAUGCUCUGUAAUAUGUUAGCUGGGAAAUCCUUCUCUGAUGUCAGUACUGAGGUCAGUAGAGGGAAUUCCUUGGAGGUGGAAUUAGGGCAGCAUUAUGGGAAGGUUUAAGGGUAGGGUUAGGUGUAAAAUGGAUUAGAGAUGGGUGAGUGGUAGGAUUAUGUGUUGAAUUAAGGGAUGGAUUAGGGGUAGGAUUAGGUAAAGGAUUAAGGGAUGUGUUAGAGGUAGGAUUAUGUAAAGGAUUAAGGGAUGUGUUAGAGGUAGGAUUAGGUGAUGGAUUAAGGGAUGGGUUUAGGGGUAGGAUUAGGUGUAGGAUUAGGGGAAUAGUAUACAUGUGAGGUAUCCUUGUACUCCAGAACUGUAGCAGAAUACCGAUAUGGGAUGAUUACAGUAGUGGGAUAAGCAUGGCCUGUGAAUUACCCCAAAAUAAAACUUGAUAAAAAUGAUAAUAUAUACUUUGACCAAGGUUUGUGAUAAAGGUUACAUGAAAAGUGUAAAAAAGCUAUUAGUUAAAUAGCCUGGUUCAUGUACUUUAUAACAUAUAGGUGUAGAGGUUUGGAUUAUUCGGCGUAAAAAAAUAAAAUGUACGUUUUGUUUUUUUCUAUUUUUUUAUUUUUUUUUAUAAUUCUUUUUUUCUAGUGCUUGAUGACAACAGAGAUAAGCCAGUAUACAGUAGAGAGUUUGCAAUGCGUUAGCAUGUCAAGUCGAGUUAAGUGUAUACAUUUUUAUGAAAAGAAGAAAAUAGACAAUAUAGUGUAUAAAUAGGCUGGAUAAACUCAGAUUAGCGCGUCCGCCAAUGCCUCGGUUCAGGAUUGCAGGGUAGUCUCAGAGUAUUGCGGCAAGAAUGGGGUGCAUAAGGGUGCCUUCUGUCCUCCGUCUUGAGGGGAUCUGCCGAAUGUUCCAUUCAUGCAGUGUUGGGCGUCUAAGUACAGCGUGAGUAUAUGGAGCAAGCCAGAGAGGACUGGGAUAACCCUCAUCGGUCUAUAGGAGGUGGGGGUGUGGGGACAGCACUAGUCUGAUUCCACACCGCCUGUCCGUAUCGGGGCUGAUGUGUGCUAUAGCCAUUGCUGCCGCUCAGGAUUAGUGUGAGUUUGAGUGCAUGGCAUUUUUUUUAUGUAGUAAAGGAACCCAUCUAACAAAGUUUAAAUAUAUAUGAUUCCUUUAAACUGCCACUGACAAGAGAAUUGCACAUCAUUUAAGGCCAAAAUAUCCACAUCGGAAACUAUAUCCAAGUGAGCUUCCCCUCUCCCUCCCCACACACAAGGUAUUCCAGCCUAAAAUUUACAUUUUCUUUGUUUUCAUUUUCCAUUUUAUUGUCUUCACUGGAAAUGUUCUGUUUAAAUCAAUAAAUAACCUGGGGGAAAAAAAAUAGAAAAAUCACUCCAAUUAGGGUAAACUAGCAGAUUCAUUUGUCAAGUAACUGAAAUUCCACUGAUAGUUCUUGCAGAACUGAACAAUUUAACAGUUUUUUGUCAUAUAGAAUUUCAGAAAAUGUGAGUAGGAAAGGCUGAGAACAAAUAUUCAUCAUUUACAGUACGAGAAUGAAGCCUGCCGGAGAGACAGUGACAUCUAUCACAUUGAACAAGCCUGAUUGUAAAUGUCAUAUUGUUGCUAAUUGUGCUACUCCAUCCCUGCCUACCAGGCAAGCCUCCCCGCACCCACGCUCUCUCUAUCUCUCCGAGAUUGGUGCUCCCGAUCUCCAGUUUAGAACAGAGACAUCUGCCUACAGAUAUUCUGCACUAAUAUAUGAGCUUAUACCUGCCUAAUUACCACUAUUAGCAUUUAUAGCUUUUUCUCGCUAGGUUAGCAUUGCUGUCUCAGCACAAAUCAUCACGCUAAGCAGACUCACACUGGGUGGUUGUGUAGAAACUUCGGUUAUUAAUGCCUUCGUUCCCUGCUGUAUUCCAGGGACUAGGGCUGACUUCUCUAAAUUUUAAAGGUGCGUGCAAUCAUUUUCUGGUUUCUGUUAAUCUGAUGUGACUGUUCUGAUUUCAAGAUAAAUGUGUUAUUUAUUAUUUUGUUUUGUUUUUUGUUUUUUUUUACUUUUUGUUUUAUGCCAUUUACACUCUGACAACAGAGGAUUUAAAAAACAAUAGGCAUUUCGGUAGUCACAUGUACCUUUGUUUUUAGUUUUGUGUUACUGGACCAGUGAUCUACAGGUUCUUAGAUGUCUAGCUGUGGUGGCAUAGACCACCUAUUAAUUCUGUUAAUAGGUUCAAAACAGUGCUUAACCCCUUUAGGACCAAUCACUGUCUAUACAGUUGUAACAUUAUAGAAAUCUGCAAGAAUGUACUGACACUGAUGCAGGAUCUAUAUAUUAUUUAUUUAUUUAUUAUUAUUAUUAUUAUUAUUAUUAUUAUUAGAGGGAUACUAUAGGGUCAGAAACACAAACAUGCAUUCCUGACCCUAUAGUGUUAAAACCACCAUUUAGGUGGCAUGCCCUUCCUUAACCCCUUUAAAGAAGGUACAACUUAACAUUUUUCCUCCGCUCCCGAUCCGCCUCCUUGCUGUCAUUAUCAGACUUUAUUAUUUUUACCCAAUCCAAUGAAAUAGGAUGCAGGCUUUAAACAACGCAUCUCUGAGGAAAAUUCAGCGUCUCCCUGCAGAGCGUGGAGACCCAAAAAGCACCUCCAGUGGCCAUCUGAGGAGUGGCCAGUGGAGGUGUCUCUAGGGGGCAGUGUAAGCACUGUCCCAUAACAUACAUUGUUUAUGUAACUUGUUUACCUGUGUACAGUAUCUUCCUAAAUACUGUGGUUAUUGUGACGGAAUGCCGUCACUGAGUACCGUGCCCACUCUCUUGCCUGCUUAUUGUCUUCAGGUCAUCCUGCUGGGGAUCUCCCUAUCUGUGUGGUCCCCUUGUUCGCAGAUUAUGAAAUGGAUGUCUGCUUAUUUUAAUGGUUCCAGAGUGGCUGAGGGAAGGAAUUAGCAGAGCUAACCGAUCGGGUUACCCGUGGUCCACUACAGUUAUAAAAUAAAUAAUGCCAUUUAAGUAUAAUUUAACAGCUGGACUGUAUAGUACUACUGAUGCUUAAAAAGAUGGAGAUUUUGUAUUGGCAUAAGGUCUUCAGGGGCUUAAUUUUUGAUGAUUGCAAAAAUUUGAAUGGUCUGUAAGGGGUUAAUAUUGUGUAAUGGACUUUAUAAUUGAAAGCCUCAACUCUUCCCAAAGAGAUUCAUUGCAAUAAACUUGAAUAUAUAUAUAUAACCACUUAACCAGUCACUGGAGUGUACUUUUAUCUUGCACUUUAUUUGUGGCCUCUCUUAUGCUGAAGAAUUUUCUAAGUAGCCCAUUUAGCAUAUUGUUGGCCCCGCUGUAUGACUGCAAGGCCAAGCUUUUCAAAACACUUUCAAACACAGGAUUGAGUGGCCGUCGAGAACCAACACAUCAACCAGGCGGGUGCUGUAUUAAAACCACUAUAGCAGUACUCGAUAGAUUGUGAUGUCUACUUAAGGUCAACUCAACCCUUGUAGAGUUUACUUCGAUCCUUAAAGAAAAGCUCAGUCGCAUUAUCUCUUUGCUGUGGUUACUAAUGCAGUCUGACGUUAACUUCUUCUUCAAAACCUCUGCAGUCCUCAAACUAUAUGUAUUAUUUUUAAAAAGAAUUCUGUGCUUAUCGGAGCUGUGUAUCUACAACAUCAGUUCAAGCUAUUACCUGUGUCAGGAGGUGGUUGAAUGAACAGAUGCCCUACACUAAGCUCGAGGUUGGAACCAUCUUUCUUGCGAAGGUUGAUAUAUGUGUCUUGCGUCUGCAGAGGGCACAGCCCUGCUGGUGGUGCAUUUAUGAUAAAAUAGCAACCGAGUACAGCUGUUUGCUUGAAAGCUUUCUGCAGCAGGCGUCCAUCGAGCAAAUGGAGACACAUUGCUUGACUGCUGGUAUAUGCAUUUAUUUUUUGAGCUUUUUUAUGUCUCUUUAUUUAAAGGAAAAUAAAUUAUCAGGAGUUGGAAACUUUAUCUGUGCUCUGCAGAUUAUUUCCAAAUCCAGUGAGCAUUUGAGAAUUCUAAUUGCUUUUCAGAACCAUUGAUUGCUUAUAGAACAUCAAUUGCUUCCACUGUUUAUUAUUAUUAUUAUUAUUGCCAUUUAUAUAGCGCCAACAGAUUUCAUAGCGCUUUACAAUAUUUUGAGAGGGGGGGGUGUAACAAUAAAUAGGACUAUUAUAAGAAAACUUACAGGAACAAUAGGUUGAAGAGGACCCUGCUCAAACGAGCUUACAGACUAUAGGAGGUGGGGUAUUAGAAACAUUAGGACAGGAAAUAUCAAGUAGGAGUGAAGCAGAGCUGGAGGAGAGAGCAAAGCACUGUCCCAUAGGAGAGAGCAGGAGACAGGUAUGUAAGGUAGAGAUUACUCUGGGAGGCCAUAAGCUUUCCUGAAGAGAUGGGUUUUACGGCCCUUCUUAAAUGAUUGAAGACUAGGGGAGAUUCUGAUGGCAGUAGGCAAGCUAUUCCAUAGGAGAGAAGCCGCCCGCGAGAGGUCCUGCAAGCGCGAGUUGGCCGUACGGGUGCAAGCAGCAAUCAGGAGGUGGUCACGGGCAGAGCGGAGGGUACGAGGAGGGCCAUAUCUAUGGAUUAGUGAAGAGAUAUGAGGGGCUAGAAUUGUUCAGUGCUUUAAAUGUAUGGGUUAGCACUUUGAAUUGACUCCUGUAGCAUACAGGGAGCUAAUGUAAGGACUGGCAGAGGGGUGAGGUGUGAGAGGACCGACUAGAGAGGAAAAUCAGUCUAGCUGCAACAAACUGGAUGUGAGACUCAAAGGUGAGACCAGAGUCAAGUAUGACGCCAAGACAGCGUGCUUGCAGGGAUGGACUUAUGUGGAUAUCACUGACUUGAAGGGAGAGCGAGAGAGGAGGAUCAGUAUUAGGAGGAGGAAAGACAAGUAGUUCAGUUUUAGAGAGAUUGAGUUUCAGAAAGCGUAAGCACAUCCAGUCAGAGAUGGAAGAAAGGCAAGCAGUGACACGUUGCAGGACGGCAGGGGAGAGGUCCGGGGAGGAGAGGUAUAUCUGAGUGUCAUCAGCGUACAGGUGGUAGUGGAAUCCAAAAGAGGCAAUAAGUUUACCAAGACAGGCAGUAUAAAGAGAAAAUAGAAGGGGACCAAGGACAGACCCUUGGGGAACUCCAACUUUGACAGGACGAGGGGAGAAGGUAUCCUUGGAAAAGGAGACACUGAAUGAGCGUUGGGAGAGAUAGGAGGAAAACCAAGAGAGGGCAGAGUCACAGAGACCGAGCGAUUGAAGAGUUUGAAGGAGGAGAGCAUGAUCAACGGUGUCAAAGGCAGCAGAGAGGUCAAGGAGAAUUAAUAUGGAGUAGUGACCUUUGGAUUUAGCGGAGAUUAGGUCAUUAGUCACUUUGAUAGUCUCAGUAGAGUGGAGAGGGCGGAAGCCAGACUGAAGAGGGUCAAGGAGAGAGUUGGAAUUAAGGAAGCGAGACACACGGGUAAAGACAAGUCUUUCCAAAAGCUUUGAUGAGAAAGGGAGCAGGGAUAUGGGACGAUAGUUAGAAGGGGAGGAUGGGUCAAGAGAUGUAUUUUUUCAGGAUAGGUAUUACAGUGGCAUGUUUAAGGUCAGCAGGAACAGUGCCAGAAGAGAGAGAGCAGGUAAAGAUGUGUGUUAGGGUAGGCACAAGGCAAGGGGAGAGAGAUCUGAUGAGGUGAGAUGGGACAGGAUCGAGUGGGCAAGUGGUGGGGCGAGAGUAAUGGAGAAGCAAAGCCACCUCUUGUUCAGUAGCCGGGUAGAAAGUCUGGAGGGUAGGGAAAGCAUGAUUUACAUGUGGUUGAGAAAGAGAACAGCAAGGAGGGGAGAAUUGUUUCCUUAGCUGUUCAAUCUUGUCGGUAAAGUAGCAUGCAAAGCUAUCAGCUGUAAGGUUAGUUUGGGGGAUGGCCACAGCAGGGCGGAGAAGGGAAUUAAAGGUGUCAAAGAGACGUCUGGGAUUGCGGGAGCAUGAACUAAUGAGAGAGGAAAAGUAUGACUGUUUGGUGAGGGCGAGGGCUGCGCUGUAGGAAAGCAACAUGGAGAAAGUCUGCCUGGGUGCGGGACUUCCUCCAGGAGCAUUCAGCACAACGGGAGCAACUCUGCAGAUAGCGUGUUGAUUUAUUAUGCCAAGGUUGGGGUCGUGUCCUCCUCGAGGUGCAUGUUUGGAGUGGGGCUGCAGCCUUCAAGGCAGAUGUGAAGGUAGUGUUAUAUGUGGAGAUGGCCAGCGAGGGACAGGAGAGGGAAGGGAUGGAUAGCAGUUGUGAAUCAAUGUCAGCUGACAGCUGCUGGAGGUCAAUAGAGUUAAGGUUCCUCCUGAGCUGAGGGGAGUUAGGCUGAGAUUGUUGGGUGAGGGGGUAAUUGAGAGCAAACGAUAAGAGGUGGUGAUCAGAGAGAGGAAAUGGAGUGUUGCAGAUAUUAGAUACUGUACAUGAAUAAGAGAAAAUAAGGGAGAGGGUAUUGCCAGCUACAUGAGUGUUUAACUCUUUAAAGGCAGUAGUAUGUGAUGCUUGCCACAAUAACAAUGGAUUUACCCAAAAAUAUGUUUCUGGUAAAGCUCAAAGUAUUGUUAUUUAUUUUAUUUAUCUGUGUGUUUUUUUUUUUUUAAUAUAUUAACAAAAGCAAACUGUGGCUAAUUAGAAGGGUGCAGGAAAGGGUUUGGAAUUGUAUGAAAUGUUAGAUUCUCAUAAAUGCAUGACUGAUCUUAAAUGAAGACAUUAUUUACGAAAUGUUUGAUUUGCAUUAAGAUUUGUCAGUUUAUGUCAUUCCCCACAAAGCUUGUGACUGGAAUUCAGAGCGUUAAAGAGUUACUAUAAGCCUAUUGAGAGCGGGACCUUUCUGGCGUAAUAAUUGUCAGUAAAACCUGUAAAAAUUAAAUAAAAAGUUUUACUUACUUUUAAAUCCAGAGUUAGGCAAUGCUCCUGGCGUUUCUUUUCUGUGCCCCCUUCUGUUGUCACUAGGGCAUCGCCUGGGUCCAAUUAGACAAAAUGGUCCAAUCACGCCGGGUUUUAAAGUCUAUUUUCAAUGUGCAGUGCACGCUGACAACACAUGUAGUUUAUGCACAGAAUUGAUAUAAGGCAGCCCGUAAUAGAGUGUUUUGCUGCCAAUACCACGGUGCUGGGGGUGCAACUUGCCACUGGCACAUUAUUGCCAAUAUCUCUGGAUGUGCAGUGUUUCAAGAUGACCACUUCAGAUCACUUAAGUGGUCAUGGUGGUUGGAGUAACCCUUUAAAAGCAUUCUGUAGUGUGAUGGUGAUCGAUUUUUAACGGGAAAUAUUACUUCUCUGGAACUUACAAAAUUAAAUUCAACAUGGGGGUUUUCCUGAUCUUUACAGCUUCUAAACAUUUUCACUUUAUUGUCUCUAAUUCUGAACCUUUCGUUUGUUCAUCUAGGUGUGACCCUGUCUUUAAUCCCGACACAAUGUCUGCUAAAGUCAUCAUCAGCAAGGAGGUGUUCUCCCCACAAGAUGAAAGGAUGUUGGGAGCCGUUCAAGUUAAACGAAGAACGAAGAAAAAGAUUCCCUUCUUAGCGACAGGAGGGCAAGGAGAGUACCGCACUUACAUUUGUUUAUCAGGUACUGCUCCACACUCUCUACAUGCUCCAAGAAAACAAGCAAUACAUCGUGCUACAUUUUAAAAGUGUUUGUAGAAUUCAGAAUCUGUAGGUUUCCCGUUGGUGUUGUAGAAGUGAGAGACACAGGGAAUUAAAACCCAAAGAGUAUGGACCCUUUCUUCUAAAGGAGGAUGCUUGCUAGUUUUACAUUACAGUUUAGUGAGAAAAGAUUUAUUUAUUUUGCAACAUUCUGCAUCUUAAAUCUACCUCCUACCCAUUCUAUAAUACCUGCUUCUUGUGGUUUACUUUAUUUGGGUAAGUGAUGUCACAGUGCCAUUAGCCCUUCCAUUUUGUUGCCACCACCUUAACCUGCAGAAUUUCUUUAAUAAUACAAUUGUACGUGCAUUUUUUUAAGUCACAGCAACGACUUCAUGGAGGCGUAAUUCCGCUAACAGCUUUCAUACGUAGAAAGCCGACAACUGAACUACAAGUCCCAGAAACCCUUGUUUAGAGCAAAACUGGGGCUUUUGAGAGAGAGCUCUUUGAAAUGUUUUAGCCAAACCCUCCACGGAACUCCACUAUACAUACACAGGCAACUUUUUAUGUUUACUUUUUGUAUACUUUAUCUUCAGAAUAGAAUUGGCCAUGUAUGUAAUUGCAUGUUGUCAGAGAUAACAUACCCUCUAUCUUUUGUAGUCUGUCUGAUUUGUGUGAAUCUCUCAACAAGUUAACCUAUGACCUUCUCAAUCCUUUCCUUAGUAUGGAUCUCCAGUGUCUGACUAUUUUUUCUGAUUGUGUCUGAAUACUACACUAUAAUUCAAGUCUUUUUUUCUGACACAAACUCAAUGCUGAUGUUACUUUCCCCACGCCUCUUUCUUGAGCUCCAAGUUUCUGAAUAAUUUGCCUCCCUAAUGAGACUGUUUUAUUCUAUUCUUUAGAUUUAAUGACUCGGAAGUAGAGUUUUGAGGUUAUUUCGAGCAGUUAAAGGAUUUAAUUUAGUCGCAUAAGCAAAAUUAGCAAAGGUACAGAUAUCCCUGUAGCAAUUUACUGAAAAGGCUCAAACGUAUGCAAAAAUCAUUAGAAGUAAAAUAAAAAUAUUAAAAGCUCUAUAACCUGAAGUGGCAGUACGUUAUGAUUGUAAUGAAUUUAAAAAAAAAAAAGCAAAUAUAAUUUUUCUGGAUAUUUGCUCCUUCUGCAGAGAAUAAAAGCAAAUCCAUGAGCACAUUUUUAUGAUUGUCAUGUAAAAGUAUUUAACAUAUUUUUACGACACAAUGCACAUUCAUUUUAUAUAUCUUUUGCUUCAGUAAUAAAAAAUUAUAUUUGAUUUAUAGAAUUUAGCAUUCUGUUUACUUUUCACAAGUAUAAAAUAGUGUAUUAAAUGGGCACUGCUUGUCCAUUGAACUUGCGUUGGCGCUUGGUCUAUUUGUGAGUCAUAACAAUCUACUUGUUCUGAGACACAAAAUAAUAUCAAACUGGGUCCCCUGCCCAGAACCCUGAACAUUGAUAGGGUCAUUCAGUAAACUCUAAAUUUUUGUAAAUAUAUUCCAUAACGGAAAUGCAAAUUUAGUACUUGUAAUUCCCACUUUAGAACUGCUGAUGAAAUGUUGAUGUUUAUCUGCUACACCGUUUUCAUGUGUAGUCUCUACUUACUUGCUAAACUCUCCUUUCCUUUUAAAGUCUACACUUUAUGCUGGAGUCUACAUGUGUACGAAAACCCAACACUCACUGAUAGGCUCUUAAAUCUAGAGUAUACCUUUAAAAGCAGAGCUCAGAUUCAUCUUUACAUGAUCAAAAUAAAUUGUAUUAAACACUAUCUAAAAUAUUGCUGUACACGAAUAUUGCUCUGGCUGUGGGCCUCUGGGUUCCUGCCAGUUUCUUUUUUGGUUAGUAUCAGGCACAAUGAUAUUUGGCAGCCAGAUUUAGUUUCUAUGUCCUACACUGGCAGACUGAAUGGAUCUGUCCCAGUAGAGAUUCAGUUUGAACAAAAUAGUGUUUUUUCCGUGGGCGUAGGCCAAUAUUUUCAAGGAUUCACCCAUCAUGUCUUAUGCGCAUGGAUGAGAAAGAUCUAAAUUAAGUUGAAGCUACUUGUAACAUGUGGCACUAAUUAGAUUGCUCAGUUUAUGGAGUGGGAGGUGUGCUUACAUUCUGUUUCAGCUCUUUGUUACGUCUUACAAAGCUCUGUUUUAUGCGGUAAUAAUGAAGGCAACUGCUUAGAAUAAUAGCAUUUUUAGUAACUCAUCAGAUGCAUAUCAGCCGUUAGCCCUUAGUUAUUUUGUGGCCUAACAGGUUUCCAAGUAUUAAGUCAAAGUAUAGUUUGAUAACCUGACUGGAACGAAUAUUUUUGUGAGAUAACUUGUAGGCUAAAGAAAAAAAAUGUUUCUGAUGCAUAAAUAUUGUUCAGAGCAUUACACAAUAAAUUGCGAAUUGUAAUCCAAAAGGCUAAGUGUAGGCUAACAUUGCUAAUUAGUAAACAACACGAUAAUACAAGGUGCUAUAUGUACAUCCAUAUCUUAUGCUUACAUAUGUCCUAAUAGGAUUAAUGCUGAUUUGUGACUUUCUGUUACAUUUUACACUGCACAAAAACCUGAUGAAAUAGCAGUUAUUUUGUUCUAUUACAUAAGCAAAGACUAAACUAAUGUAAUUUUACCACUUUUGCCUUAAAAGCUUAACCCCUGCCUUAAAGGACCACUCUAGGCACCCAGACGACUUCAGCUUAAUGAAGUGGUCUGGGUGCCAGAUCCCUCUAGGAUUAACCCUUUUUCUCUUAUAAACAUAAUAGUUUCAGAGAAACUGCUAUGUUUAUAUAGGGUUAAUCCAGCCUCUAAAGCCUCUAGUGGCUGUCUCGUUGACAGCCGCUAGAGGCGUUUGCGUGCUUCUCACUGUGAAAAUCACACUGAGAAGACGCCAGUGUCCAUAGGAAAGCAUUCUGAAUGCUUUCCUAUGAAACAGGCUGAAUGCGCGCGCAGCUCCUGCCGCGCAUGCUCAUUCAGGAGGAGAGGAGGAGGAGAGCUCCCCGCCCCGCGCUGGAGAAAGAGGAAAGUUUAACCCCUUCCUCUCCCCAGAGCCUGGCGGGAGGGGGUCCCUGAGGGUGGGGGCACCCUCAGGGCACUAUAGUGCCAGGAAAACGAGUAUAUUUUCCUGGCACUAUAGUGGUCCUUUAAAGUACUACAUUUACUUACAUUUUUAUUUACAGUUUUUUUUCUGAGCAAAAUGAUUCAUUUUAAUUAAACAUCUGAAAUCCUUUUGUAUGCAAUCAAUGAAUUUCCAUUUCUUUGUUUAUGUAUGUAAUGUAGAAUUUCGGAUGAUUCACUGAAGUGAGCAAGCUUUCAAGGCAUAUAGUCCUUCCUUAUUACCCUCUUAAUUGUUAUCACGCUGUCCCUUUUCUGUGAUAUCAGAGUGUGCUGGAGAUAUGAAUUCAUAACAGACCUUUCAGCCAUUAUUGUGUGAUUUCACCUGCACUUAAUGUGUUUCAUAAAUUAGUUUAUUUAAAUAACAUUUGUGAUCCCUCUGAAUAACUUUCCCACAUGCAUACAUUUUUAUCAAGUGGUUAUACUAUCCAAGUAUUGUCAAUGUACUUCCAGAUAUUCCAUGUUAUACUAAAAUAUCCCCACUUUUGCCGUGUGAAAUUUAAAAAAGUAUAAGCCCUUUUUUUGCACAAUAGGGAUGCAAAUCUACACACAAUCCACAUAUCUAUCCAGAAUUCUAGACUCCCUUUCAAAGACUCAGCAUGGGGCUUUGCAUGCCAAAACAGAGGUCAGCACAUCUUAUCUUUUCAUUCAUAUGCACAAAAUGGCGGCCACCCAGUGAAGCAUUCAAUUAAUUAGUUCCUUUGCGGUUUUUCAUACAAUAUACAUAACAUUCUAAUGGGUCUCUGGGGUGGUCACGGUUCGGGAGCCGAACGAAAUAAACAAAAUAAAAAUCCAUACGAAUCCAGAAAUGCGAAAAGAGCUGAAAGUUAAGGGGAUAUUCCUUCACAAAUAGUCUUUUAAAAUGAUACCACAAAGCUGCCAUUAACUGUGUGUGAAGAGCGUGUCCUCUUUUUGUCAUUUUGCAAAAAGUGCAGAUUUCAAUAGAAAUUUACACUAUUCUAAAUUAACUUGGUUACACCCCCCUUGACUUUCAAGCAGACAAAAUGUAAUGUUACUUCCUGGUUUGUGUAGCUCAAUGCAGCUAAACUUAAAAGGCAGCUAUUGCUUAGAGCACCUGCCUUGCAAAAACCUCGCCUUGCACUGCACUGGAAAGUCUGAUUGGACAGUUACAGAAAGUCUGGGCUGGGUUAGAGAGGAAUGGCUUGCAAAUGCAGCAGACAAUAGAACUGUGGGUUUUGCAAGCUGUUUUUAUAUACACCACCAGUGAAAAAAUUUAUAAUUAAAUGCAUGCAAGUUUUUAUUUGGGUAUAUCUAUUACACAAUGAUUUUUAUUUAUUUUUGUAUUUGGGGAGUGAAGUCCCACUUUAAACGGCUAGAAUUCUAAAUUUGGGUUAAACAAUGAGGCUCUCAUAACAGAGCUGGAGAGGGGAGACCAUUGGCAUGGCACUGCUCUGUGCUGUGUCAUUGAAUGGGUGAGAAUAGUAAUUGUUACACAUGCCUUGUCAGGUUAUGUUAACACUGGUUAAAGAGAGUUUACAUUUAAUAAUAAUGUGUUGAUAGGGCAUUAUGGGGAAAUAAUGGGUAAUAAAAAAACAAGUUGCCAAAAAUAAUGCAACAAAAAGGAAGAAAACAGAGUACAUCAUAUAUUUAAUGCGUUCCAAGAAAAAUUUAACUUGUUAUACAGACUGAAUGAUGAGAGUACCUGUAAACCAAAAGAAGGAACAGCAUGUAGGUAACGUAAACAAGGAGGGGGUUUGGCAGGAGUCACACUAGGUGGGCACAAUUUACAAACAUUAGCUGUAGGUAGUUAAAGGGACACUAUAGUCACCAAAACAACUUUAGGAUAAUGAAGCUGUUUUCGGUUAUACAUCAUGCCCCUGCACUCUCAAUGCUUAAUUCUCUGCCACUUAGUUGUUAAAUCACUUUGUUUGUGCAGCCCUAGCCACGCCUCCAUGAACGUGACUUGCACAGCCUUCCUAAACACUUCCUUUAAAGAGUCAUCUAAUGUUUACACUUCAAUUAUUUGCAAAUUUUGAAUAAUUUAAAAUGUAUCUCCUGCACAGUUAAUAGCUUGCUAGACCCUACAGGAGCCUCCUGUAUAUAAUUAAGUUCAAUUAUUCUUAUAGUAUUUACAGUAAGUGAGCCCCUUGUGAAUGCGAAAAGAACAAGACCACUGGUCAUAAUUAGGAAUGGGUGAGAAUACAAAUUGUUGCACAAGCAUCUAUAAACCCUGUGCUCUAUGUGGACACACCCCUAUUCAUGAACCAAAGCAUAUUGAAAACACUUUAUUUGGACAUCAUUUCAAACCCAUUUUCUUAAAAGGGCAUUGAGGCAAGUCCUAGCGCUGUUUUAGAGGGUUGACAUUCCUAGAGAACAAAUUUGAGUUGCAAAUAAGAAAAGAAUAUUGUUCUGUAGUUUGGAUAAGGUCACAAAGAAACUUAAAGAAAAGCUGGUAUAAAAUGUUAUUCCCUCCGCUACCCGUGAUGUUUGAUUUAAAUGUGCUUGCAGCGUGCUAGUGCAUAUCUUUCGGCAUUGUCUAGUAUGACUCUGAUUCGAUAUUCCCCUGCUGCAGUAAACUUUGCUGCAAAUUGACAAACUACAUUGCUCAUAGAAGCUGUAAAGUGAUCAGCUUUAUAUGAACACUUUACUACAAAAAUGGGCGGGUGUAGGGAAUCACGGUUCAGUAGAUAUACACCAAUUAAAGUAUGCAUGCAUUUCUUUGCAAGCAUGUUGUCAUUGGGGAUAUAUCUAAAAAAAAACAAAAACAAAAAAAAACCUUGCAACAGUCUUAUGACCGCAGCCUUUGCAAGCUCUCCCUCCCACCCCCCAGCCCACAGUUUUGGUCUAUGUUGGCAAAAUGUCCAAUCAGAGGCUCCUCAUUGAGCCCCAUCCAAGAAAAAAACUUUCCCUCCCAGGAUUGAUCAGUGGCUUUACAUUCCUUGAAAGGGGAUAGUAUAAGCAUCAAAAAAACUUUAGCUUAAUGAAGCAGUUUUGGUGUAUAGAUUAUGCCCCUGCAGUCUCACUGCUCAAUUCUCUGCCAUUUAGGAGUUAAAUUACUUGUUUCUGUCCAUGAAUCUCCAGCUACACCUCCUCUGGCUGUGACGGACACAGCCUACAUUAAAAGGCUACUUAAAUUGUUUAAUUUUCCAUCGGAUUUUUACUUGCUUGGAAGCUUUUAUCUCCAGCUCUGUAAACUGAACUUUAAUCACACACAGGAGGCUACUUCAGGGUCUACAAGGCUAUUUUCCAAGCAGGAGAUAUGAAAAUCUAAAUUAAACAGUGUGCAAUAAAGGAAGUUUAAAAGGACACUAUAUGCACCCAGACCACUUCAUCUCAUUGAAGUAGUCUGGGUGCAGUGUCCCUAGCCCCUUAACCCUGCAUGUUUACGCUGCAGUGUUAAGACUGCCUCUAGUGGUUUUCUUCCAAACAGCCACUAGAGGCGCUUCCUCUAUUCAGAUGGUUUAACUCCGUAAAACAAUGCUGGACAUCGUCAUGCUUUGCACGGUGUGAAGUAAAUCAUCCGCAAAUACAUUUAACUUCUAUUCACAGUCCCUCAAAUCCACACCUGGUAUCGAUGUGUUUGCCCGUAUAUGUGCUUAUUUAGCUAAAAUAAUUGCAUACAUUAUGGCACCAUCCUUAGAGUAUGGCAGGUAUUAAAUAAUGUUUUGUGCAUUGAAAAACAGGACCUGUUUUGGCUUUGCAAUUAUCUUGAAUGACAAAUGGAUUUCAGUAAACCACAGCAUAAUUUAUUUUCAUCAUUAUCAAUCGGUGAUCUUUAUCUGUUUUUUUAGAAUAGAUCUUUAUCCUGUGACUAAAAAGCCUGACGCAACCACCGUAGGACCAUGAUAUUCUGUUCGACAAAUUCUUCCUUCAGUGUUUAACAGAAUAAUACUGUCACCAAUUAAACGGUAUCGGCCAGGACUCUCACGUUGCACCUUUUUAGAGAUUUAGAGCCUGUGCAUAUGACCUUAUUUACUGCAUUCUUCAAGCAUGUACAGUAAUUGUUUAAAUUGUUUGAGGACAAGGAAAUCCGUGUAACGUGUAUGCUUAAGAAUUGAGCCAAUACAGGAAGUGUCAUGGUUCCUGUUGUGAAGAGGUGUGGAGCUUCUCCCUGCUGGCAAGGCUGCACAAUAUAGUAUUUUUCUUCUUCUAUAUAAAAGGCAAUCAUAGAUUUUAGCACUGUUGAACUGGUUAAACAACAUUAGCUAUUCCUCUUGAAUCCGUAAUUAAUGAGAGCCUGGUCCCUGUUUCUUUAUAUUUUAUGCAACAAUAGAAGUGUAGCGUAUCAAAAGAGGGACAAAAGCCGUAUUCCAGUGCAUAGGUCUUUCGAAAUUGUUCAUGAAUUGAGCUUGUGUUGUAUGUAGGCAUGUAUAUGUAAUGUCAUAAAACAAAUACAUGUAUAUUUAAUGUAUCUGAUGGAUAUUCUUUGCCUUGUGUAUCUGAUUAAAUUUGUAUGUGGACCUGGCAGCAUUUUUCAUCGAUGAUGGAGAUUAAAGGGACAUUAUAGCACUCAAAACAACUUUAGCUAAAUAAAGCAGUUUUGGUGUAUAGAUAAUUCCCCUGCAGUCUCACUGCUCAAUUAUCUGCCAUUUAGGAGUAAAAUCACUUUGUGUAUGCAGCCCUAGCCACACCUACCCUGUGUUAUAAAGGAAGCUUAAACAGUAGAACUUUCUUUACAGGGAGUGUUUAGAAGGGCUGUAUACGUCCCGUACACAGCCCUUCUAAACACUUACUGUAAAGAAAGUUCUAAUGUUUAAGCUUCCUUUAUAGCACAGUCUGUUUAAUUUAGAAUCAUAUCCCCUGCACUGUUAAUAGAUUGUCAGACCUUGCAGGAGCAUUCUGUGUGUAAUUAAAGUUCAAUUUACAGAUUAGGUAGUAGUAUAAAUAUCUAGAGCAAGUUAACAUCUUAUUGAAAAUGAAACUUUUUUUUUUUUUUCUUAAUUUCACGCAGGCUGCGUGAAUCACAGCCAGGGGAGGUGUGGCUAGGGCUAUAUAAACCAAAACAAAAGUGAUUUAAAUUAAAAAUGCCAAAGCAUGAGCAGUGAAACUGUAGUGGCAUGAUGUAUACACCAAAACUACUUCCUUAAGUUAAAGUUGUUUUGGUGACUCUAAUGUCUUGUUAAAUGAUUUGGCACUGGCACUAGAUAAAAGGGGGCACUUCUAAAAGGAAGCAAGAUUUACAUCUGCGAGACCUAGAUGGAGAAGUACGUGGAGCUAAAGAGUAGUACGUCAGCAAAAGUAGUCAAGAGGUGUGUAAAAUAUAUAUUAAAAAGAGUUGAUAUAAAAUAAUAAAUAAAACAUUGACUGUACUUGGUCUGCUCCUUUCCCAUGCCAUAAAUCACACUGACAGGCUUUGUGUACUUGUUAAAAAAAAAAAAAAAAAAUGUGGACUACCCAGUAAGUAUUACAUUUCUUCUGACCAUCCGAUGCGCAAGGCAUUCUCUGUACACAAUACAACUUAAAAUUCCUUCUCCUUUAUAAAGGGGAAUCUCUUUUAAAUGUCUAAAAACAAUUUGUAUUUUUGUACACUUUAUAGAGAACCCAAUUUGAGUUUUAAAUCUUGGCUUUCUGUGUAACUUGUCUUGCGUUUGGCACGACCCGGGAACUCGGAGAAGGCUCCUCAAAUAAGGAUCCAAAAGCCUGCAAGUUUCAAAACCCAGAAUAAACAAGAUCGUGAUAAAUCGGAAGCAGCGUUAUUUUACUGAAUUCUUGUGUUGGGAAUGUCCUUGCUAUGUUCAAAACGUGGGAUAGAAUUUGUUUUUAAUAAAAUGUGAUUGAGCACAUUAUGUUCAACUUCCUUCAUGUAGAAACCCAUGCAGUCACAUCAUUUAUAUUUGUCAUGAAACGGCUAAAAACCAAAUGAUAAGCAGGAAGAUCAAACUAAAAAAGGGGAAAGAAAUGCAAAUAAAUAUGACCGUUCCCAAAACCUAAUAUAGUAUUUAGUUUUUUUUCCUCUGCGUAACAGUCUAGACUCAGAUUGUAAUACAUUAGGCACAUGUCGGGUAGGAUACUAACUGAACCUCUUAUAUUUUUUUUCUUCUUAUUGACGCACCCAGUUUUCUCAAAUUUAAAGGGGCACCAUAGUCACCAGAGCAACUACAGAUUAAUGUAGUUGUUCUGGUGUGUACAGUUAGUCCCUGCAGGCUUUUUGCAGUAAACACAGUUGUUUUUUUCCCUGAGAAAAGGCAGUGUUUACAUUAGCCCCUAAAUGGUGGUUUUAACACUGUAGGGUCAAUAAUACGUGUUUGUGUUCCUGAACCUAUAGUGUUCCUUUAAUAUUUACUGAAUAUUAUGUUCUAUGGCUGUCUCUGAUGAAUUGACCGACCUGGCACAAUAUAAUCUUUUUCAUGUACACCCUUGCUAUCCUGUAAUCAACAGUGAUCGUGAGGUUGAUUGCACAAUCUAAUAGCAUUGUGUUUAUUAUUAUAGCCGCAAUGUAUGCUUCUCCCUUGUCCCCAGUUUGGCAUUCAGUACCUCUGAACCCCAUGUAGUCCACUUUCAUAGCAACUCUUUACAUCCUUUGGUCCAUGAAGCUUCCUGUAUUGAGGGCGCUAUCAUGACAAGACAGGAAUAUACAUUUUGUUUCGGCUGCACUGCAUCUCUUCUUAAAAUAUCUUUGCACUUUUAAACAAAAUAUAGACCGUUGCAUUACAUGAGCAGAUAAUUGGCCCAUAUCUCAUAGGAAGCUCACAAUCCAAAAGGAGGUCAACAAAGUUUGAUGAAGUUUUAGAUCUUCAGAUAGCUUAGUGGUUUAAUUCUUAAGUAUAGGUCUCAUGUAUCCAGAAAUUACACCUCAGUCCAGAAGGCCAAGAUCUAUCAUAAGGCAGUGCACCACCCAAGAACAUUAAUGUCCUGCCUAGAGGGAGAUUGUGGUUUUGGAAAGUGAAAUUUAUAUUUCAUUUGAAUCUAAAAGCACAUCUGCAUAUUUUUGAAUCAACAAUAUAUUUUAUUAAUAAACUGUAAGAAUAGAGAUCAUUUUUCUUUUUAGGAGAAAGUCUUUGUCUCAAAGCUUAAACGGAAUAUAUCAAGGGUAAACCAUGUUUUAGCAUACCUUGAAGCAGCAUGUGGCAAGGAAACAGGCAAGCAUGAAAAGGGGAGUUUAAAGCAGACAUGUAAUCAGUGUAUCUUUUGAAUUUAUAGCAGAAUUGUAGGUGAUAUGACCAUUUAAAUAAAUUCAAACAGUGUAGUUCGGUAUCACUCUUUCUCACUUAGUUCUCUCUCUUAUAUCACUUUUCCCCCCCAAACAGUUACAAACAAGAAGCCUCCCCAGGUUUAUGUCACCAAGGUGAAACAGUUUGAAGGAUCAUCCAGUUUUGUAAGAAGGUCUCAGUGGACUCUGGAUCAAUUGAGACAGGUUAAUGGCAUCGACCCAAAUAAGGUGAGUUGAAAAUCGAGACUAUGUUGGCUGGGAUUGUCCAUGUCCAAAGCCGAAAAUAAUUGAAGAGAAUGGAGCCACUAAAGGUCUUGCAGCAUUAUUCCUCAUGUAAAAAGUAUUUAAGAUUUCAAAUGCUCUAUUUCAAAAUAUGUUAAAAUGUAGAGAAGAAAACCAUUUAUAGUACAUCCAACACAUUUUGAUCUCAUUGGUGGUCUAAUUUGGUAUUCCGCCCUACAUGACUGAUCUAAGAAACCCUUCCUGACAUCUCUACCCAUAAUGAUAUAAUAACCAUGAUUGAAGAUUCUCAGCUCUCUCAGAAUACCUGGCAUACAACAGGUAACUUUGCCUUCAGAUGUAAUCUUAUAAUAGCAUGCAUUACACAUGGUCUGUGCUCCAAUCGGGUUCGGGAGACUAAGCUUUUGGAUGCUAACUUGUUUAGAAUUCUUCCAAAUGUAUUUGGGCGUAUUUUAGAGUUGGAGCAUAUUAUUUGGAUUAAUUAGCUUAAAGGGCGUGUACAGUCCCUACAGAACACGUACUGAUUAAGAAACAUUGAAUUAUUUUAUCAUUACAGUUGUGUUGAAUAAUCUUUUAGUUAUUUAAAAAGAAAGAAAUGAGCUGGAUGGUAAAGUCAUGUUUUUUUUUGUUUUUUUGUUUUUAACGUGCUGUAGAAUACAAAGAGCAAGUGUUCUUACAAUAAUCUUGUACAAUACCACAUGUGCAUACAAUACAAUGAAUAAUUAUAUUUGAUCACAGAGCUUGGCUGCCUCCAGUGUUGUAGUCCCGUGCAUAGAUGUGGAACAAAGCUGUCUUCUGUCUGAAGUCACAUGCAAAACCAUCCCACAGACUGCAGUCAUUUUUAUAUCUGCCAUUCUUGUAUUUUAAGCUGUCCUACAGAAUGGAUUAAUAUAUUUAUUAUUAUUGUUAACAUCAAAUAUGGUAUUCUUUUAACUUAUUACUUGUAUGUUUUUUUUUUUAUUAUUAUUGUGCGUAAAGAGAACUGACUUUUAUUUAUUUUUAUAUAUAUAUAUAUAUAUAUAUAUAUUGUAUAAUUCUUUUUACCUCAUUAACUACCAACGCAAAUUCAGCCAAUUUCAAUUUUACACAGCCUCACAGAGCUGCCUAAAUUCAUCUCAUGUAUUCUGCUUACUGUAUUUGGUCCUCACAAGGCCAUAUUGACUUAUCAUAUGCAUUUCGGCUAGUCACCCUGGUUUUUAAUGUUUUCUUUAUGGCUGCACUCUUGGUAUUCAGGCAUGCAUUCUCCGUACACAAUACAACUUAAAAUUCCUUCUCCUUUAUAAAGGGGAAUCUCUUUUAAAUGUCUAAAAACAAACAAAUCAAACCUCAAACUCAUUAACUCAUAAAAUAUAUAUCAUAUACAUUCAUGCAUUUCAGUUAGUCAACCUACAUUUUAAUGUAUUCUUUGUCUGCCCUCUUGGUAUUCCAGUACUCAAUGGGCAUACAUUGUUUAGUAAUUGGAAAAAUAAGAUAUACCUAAACACAUAAACAGAGAAAGAAAAACUUCAUAGGGAAAUAACAUUGACUAACAGUUGGCCCCUUGUUUAAAUGUUACUCACAUAUGUUGCAUACAUUUAAACAUGAAUGUUUUUAUAUGUCUUCAUUAUUCUGUACUCUACAAUUAACGAGGACUUAUUAAGUUAAUCCUGUGAAGGAAAAACGAGGUGGAACGCCUAUGUGUUUCAGCCGCAUAUCACCGCAGUCAGCAACAACUACACAAGAAGUUAGAACACUUCCUGAUCGGUGAAACGCACGUGCGUUCCACGGACGUCCGCCGGAACCCCAUAUAAGGAAGAGAGCCAACGAACAAUUGGAAACAAGUGAAUUGAGACAAGCGGAUUGGUUAAGUGGAUUCAGACACCUGUAGGAGGGACUUUUAAAUACAGCUACGGUCCUCAGAGUUACUCAGGCACUUUAUCUGCAUAUUAUUUCAUUUUUUACUCCUGAUGAAGUCUAACUUAAUAGACGAAACGCGUAGAGUUUAUAUAUUUUUUAAUUGUUUUAUAUACAUCUGUAUUCUUGCCUACCACUUCUAUGAAGAACCCUUCACUUUUCAUCAAAGAGAUUGGGAACACAUAACUAUAUUGAUGGGCUUUUUAACUACUUAUACACUGUAAGUGCAUUCAUUAAAGCGUGUGAUUUUAAUUCAUAUCAGCGCUGUACUAUGUUAAUUAUUUUUUUCAUGCAUCACUGGAUAUCUGAACGAGGAUGAACCUGUGAGAGUCCAUACAUGAUUGAUGAGCCUGAAUAUCUCUCCAAUUUUGUGAGUGUAACAUUUAAACAAGGGGCCAACUGUUAAUCAAUGUUAUUUCCCCAAGAGUUUUUUCUUUCUCUGUUUGUGUUUAGGUAUAUCUUAUUUUUCCAUGUACAUUGAGGAUUGAGAGGAAUCCUUUGUUACCAAAUCAAAAGGAAGUAAUUAUCUUUUUACAUUCAUUGUAUAUAUGCUGCACCUGGGUGGUCUAAUUCAGUUUAAAAAAAAAAAUUAAAAAAAUUGUUUAUUAGGGAUCAACCGAUAUUGAUUUUUUUAGAUAAUUUGUGAACUUUCAGGCCGAUAGCUUACCGAUAUUCUGUACAUUUACCGUAUUAUUUUUUUAAGCAAAUCUUUUCUUUAUUAAGUGGUAAAUGCACAAAAUAUGCAUGUCAAUCAGAUUUUUUUUUUUGUAAUGUGUAAAUACGUGCGGUCGGAACUCCCCGUGCACCCCUUACCUAUCUUAGUGCCCCACUCAUUCCCCUUAAUGUUCCUCUCAUUUCUCUUUUAGUGGUACCCCCCUACACCAGUGUUCCUUUUCCCUUUACUCCCCUAUACCUUAGUGUCCUCAUUUUUUUUUUUUUUUUUUGUCCAGGUGAGCAUAAGGCAAAAUCAAACUCCACAACAGCUUACACAUAUACAGAAAUGUAGAUACUUGGGCUAAACAUUAGCACAUUUUUGUGUUAUUGGAACAUUUUUAACUAGUAUGACAUGUCUCAGAUGUGAGUAGCUUGGUUAUCCAGAUUAGCAAGACAUGCGUACAUUACAAUAGCGAGUUAAUUUAAGUAAAACAUGCAGGUGACACGUGAGAGCCCUAGUCUAAUAGCAUGGCAGUAAUUUGCAUAAUAAUUAUAACGUGUGUACAUGCGUUUAGGUGCAGAGAAAAUGCUAGGCUUUCUGAGCUUAUUAGGCAACAUUAAACCAUAACAUGCUACGGUCAACGUUUAACCAUUUAUCUGACCGAUCAUACAUGAGUUAGAUUAAUAUGUCGGCUUCAGGGUGAAGCCUACUUGGAAUAAUCUCAGGUUGAGCAUACUGACAUUGGAGAUGAUUAGUAGGAAAAGUAGUAAUUGAACACGUAAACUGACAUUAAAAUUAAGCAUCCAGAUAUGUAUUAUCUCGUAUUUGGGUCAUAUGUGUACCAUAAGAGUAAAACCCCCCACUGACCCCUGGAGUAGCGGGUGUAUGUGUCUAGUUGUUGAGGCCUGGUGGGUAUAGUUGCGUGGGGUAAGCCUCUACACAGUUGUAGAUCUGCAGACGUAUGUGUGGUGGACCUUUUAAGAGUGUGUGUGUAGUGUGCAUCUGUGUUGGAGGCAGCAGUCCCAGAGUCUGUGUGACUGCCCCGUUAUCGAGUCCGUCAGCCUAUGCCCUGCGGGGUCUUGUAGGCUUUCUGUGAUGGUGCGGGCUUCGAUCCCUGUGGUCCGGUAGUGUGGGAGAGGAGUGUCUCAGUGCGGUUAGGUGGCACUCUUGGUAGGAAAAGUAUAGUCCUGGUUGUGGGUCCCACCUUUUGGUGUAGUUGUUGGCUGUGGCUGUAACUGUGUAGUCUGUCUGCCGCUGCUGCCAUUUUAGGCCUCUUUCUUGUUCGAUUAUGUUGGUCUUUGCUCCUCUUGUGCUGGGUCGCUGCUGGUAGGCAAGGCGGUUUUUGGCGCUGCAUUGUGGGAAUCUCUUUGGCUAUUAUUGCCUUUGUCUGGCUGCGUCUGCCCUUAGUAUGGCAUCUGUUGCCGGGGUGACCCUUCUCAUUUGCUUGCUCAGCCUGGGGUGGGAGUCUGAGGAGUGUGCCGUGUCCCGCGUCCUGUGACGGGCCAUCGGCAGGUUCUCUGAUUCUGGGGGCCAUGUGAGUAUCUCCAGCUUCUCCCAGAAGGAGCAGAAUAUGCCGUUAAGUCAGAGCUCCAUGUCCCUCCAGGCUUUGCAUAGAACUGCGGCGUGUGUGCCGUACGCCAUUUUGUAGGCCUCACUAGUGACCUCCAGACUGCAUGAUCGGUUCGCCCGAUUACCUCUUGUCGGGGGAUCAUGUGGGGUGGUCCGCCUCUUGCCGGUCACUCCAAUCUACUGCCCAAACUUGGGCCUAUACAUGUUUCCAUAAUAAAUUUAUGACCUGUCCAAAUUUGGUUAGUCUUUAUGGUACUGCCUUUAUGAUGAUCUGUCUUAUUUCACGGUCCGUCACCGCUUACAUUGUCUUAGUCCUUUCUGGGCAAAGGCCACACAGGCUUAGUGCAUUGUAUUUUAAAAUUGACGGGCAUAAUUCUAAUAUAAUAUAAUUAUAUCUGUUAACUACUGUAUGCACGUACGCUGGUUCUAGUGGUCAUACGCUAAUUUGCAGUUUGUUUAAAUUAUUAUUUUAUUUAUAUAGCGCCAGCAACUUCUAACAUAUGGUGCAGGCAUUUGAUAACUGAAUGAAAUGUGUUUUAUUUUUAUUUUUAUUUUAUUGCUGGCCACAUCCAGCCCACAUUCAGCUGCUCAUGCACAUCAAACUUUACAAAACUUGCAUACGUUCACUUCACGUUCUACCACUCGGGUUCCUCAUCAGUAUUUUAGAAACCGUUCACAUCUCUGCAAUCUGCAGACAGAAUGUUUUCUCUGUUACACAGACUUGUUUCAAUUGUGUUCAACCGCAUUUCAACUGGCCCAGAUAUUGUAAUUACUUUUAUUGUCAUAUUUAUACGCUCCACAUGCGUUCAGUUUAUUUCAUGCAGUCAUGUUCAUUAAGCAAUAAAGUUAUAGCUUAUGCUAAUAUUACUGUUAUUCUACGAUUAUUCUAGCAUGUGCAGUUGCCUUCAACCUUAUUCUUCCAGGCUAAUUAUAAGUAUUUAUCAUCCUCCUAAGAGUUCCAUAAGUAUGUAAGUAACCGUUUGUCUUAUAUCUCAUUAAACUCUAAUGUAUGGUAUAUGGCCAUCAAAGCCACUAAAGCUUUUUCGCCCACUGUUGCAUUCUAGAGGCAUGGGCCUCAGUUCCAGUUAUGAGUCGGUCUGCAGACACCACGAUUAUUUGGAUCAGUGGGUAUGUAUAAUACCAAGUGUAAAAGAGUUUACAUGCGGUCUCUAUUCUGUUCAACAUUUCAUACACUUGAUAUUUAUUAGUAACUCUCCCAUCUCAUCAUCAACAUGUCAUCAUCAGUCCUAUACAAAUGUUCCACAACUACACAACCUUUUUCUGUUUCGCAUCCUACCGGUUACCUGCAUUAAUCACAACACAGAUCACGCAGCCAUCCUGUAACGCUGAACCCAAUCGGGCCUCCCCGCCGGUUUAUAUGUUUCCUACACGUAGUCCUCACUAAGAAUGGUCAUGCUUGUUUAUAUGCCCGGCAAUGGGCAACCAACCCUGUCCUAUUCCAGCAUCUCUUUUGAGUAUUUUCCAUUACAUCUGUCUUACAUGGGUUGCAUACUGCCCAAUUAUGCUACAUGUUAUCAAGAACGCACCUUCAGACCCUCAUUAGGCAUUGUCCUUGAAUAACUGUAAUUCCAUCAUCACCUAUAUUAUCUACUCCUCACAUUAAGCACUUCGGUCCAACUGCAUCUAUUUGGGUGGUUCCAUUAUCUCCUUGAUAGGUCUCAGAUUGAAACUGUGCACAUAGCUAAAGUUGUAAGUAAAUAUGAUUUAUACUGGUCUUGUUUCAGGUCCUAAGCCUUCACACGUGGUCUUACUAGGCCUACAUUAAAUUCCCAUCAUAUAACCCUCUGUGGGCUGCAUUAUGACAUACCCACCCUUCAUGGCUGCCUGGGGAUGUGUGUAUGUAUGUGUGUGUGUAUAUAUAUAUAUAUAUAUAUGUAUAUAUAUAUGUGUGUAUAUAUAUAUGUGUAUGUAUGUAUAUGUGUGUGUGUAUAUAUAUAUAUAUAUAUAUAUAUAUGUGUGUGUAUAUGUGUGUAUGUAUAUGUGUGUGUGUAUAUAUAUAUAUAUAUAUAUAUAUAUAUAUAUAUGUGUAUAUAUAUAUAUAUAUAUAUAUAUAUAUAUAUGUGUGUGUAUAUGUAUGUAUAUGUGUGUGUGUGUGUGUAUGUAUAUAUAUAAUUUAUCCUUCUAUAUAUCCAUCCAACAACAUUUCAUUACAUCACUUGGUCUCGCUAGGCUUAAAUCAACCAACCUAUAUGGCCCAAUCUCGGCUGACUACACUCACUAGUAAAUUUAUCCCUUAUUCUAAGCAUUGUCACUUUAUUAUUCCACAGUAUUAACAAGUAUUAUGUAUCAAGUCACCUACAUCAAGACACUACAUACUCUUCGGCGUUGGUGACACCGAAGAGUGUGCUUUGACCUUAGAUGGCCUACACUAAUUUCCUUGUUAUUACCCUUAUAGCAUAACUGAUCUUCCUACCAUUCCUAUAGACCUGACCGUACACAGGUAUUACACAACUCCUAUACCAUGAUACAAGUAUCCUUAAGUUCUUCAUUCCAUAUAUCUAUUCCCCUUAUACAGCUAUAUUUCUGUAUCCUGCCUCUGAGGACCUAUUCUCCAGCUUCACUCUUCCUAUACAUUUUCCCCUUCUCAUAUUGUAAAGCGCUGCGGAAUUUGACGGUGCUCUAUAAAUAUCAUAAUAAUAAUAAUAUUGGGCCGCUUCGAUCUUACACAGUAUUUGUAAGUAAUAGGUGUUUAGUCACCUCCUUCAUGACACUAUAAAAUAUAUUUAGUGUUGGUUACAUACUCGUCAUCAUUUGGCAUCAGUCUUAUAUAUGGCCCUUCACCACAUUCCAUGUUGCCACCUUUCAGUCUGACUACUCUUCCUACCUCUACAUUUGCACAGGUCUACACAUACCUAAAUUGUUCACUCCAUACAUCCGUUACCCUUUUCAGCAUUAUUUCUCUCUUCUGCAGCUCAUGACUUUGGGCAAUCUCUGCCUUCCGCUACGGUACCUCUACACACAACCAUCACUAACCCUUCACUCCAUACGUUAUACAUGGGCCUCUAGGGACACCGCUGCGACUGUUACUGCACAUCAAUAGGACACUUAAAUACGUUUAUAAUAAUAAUAAAAAAAAUACAAAUCUUCCAUUCUACUUCUCAGUAUUACACACUGCCUCUUUUGGCCCAUGUACGUUCUUUCCUUGCAGCCCUCUCUCUGAACACUCCCUAGAACCUUGGGCCUCUCACGUAGCAGUUAACAUAUCCUGGCCUCUUCGAUCUGUCACUAAUUUAACUGUGUUAGCAUUAUCCUCCUAUUUCAGGCUCUUCCUUAAUUUGCUUCAUGCUAGUACGAUAGGCAUAUGAUUUUUAUGUGAUUGUUGUUUAAAUUCUCAGGCUGUUCUUUCUCAUACGUAAUUCAGUCAGUGAGUCUAUUCUUGCUAGGCUUCAUGUCAUAUCGAGUUACGUGCAUAUCCUUACGUAAAGUCUCUCCAUGUCCACUUCUUCCCGUUCGUUGCAUAUCUGGCACCGAUUGUCAGAUAUGGUCAACUGUGUCUUUGCUAUGCUGUUCAAUUUCCUUCAGUUGGGUUGACAACUGUUGUCACUAGAGUAAUUUGGUGUUCUGAGCUCAUAGUACUUAUUUUAUCUACUUUUCUGGCACAGACUAUUGAUAAACAAUUGUUAAAUUUUGGUAAUUGUGAACACAAGUUCUCUGGGGGUAAUUCUCAGGUUUUGGUUAAUUUAAUCUCUGUACAAGUAUUUCUUUGCCCUUUAUUACAUAUUCACUUAUUACUAUCAACUUUCAUUUAUCAUCCAGGUAUACGUUUAUUUAAUCAAGUCACUCAUGUAUUAUUUUGUAUUUCAAAUUUUCUAUCACCACGCAAGUGAUUUACUUUUAUGAUAAUACCACCCUACGUACAACAACCACUUGCUCUACAGAAUGCUAUAAUUAGUUUGGUCUGGCUGCUAGGGUACCCUGAGUGGCCUGAGUCAGCCAGUACUUGGGUGUUAUACAGUAUCUCACAUUAAUACAUUGUUUCUCUUUCAGGUAUGGUUAUAAUGUUGAUAAAUAUUUAAGUAUUGGUCAUGUAAUGUCAACAUGUAAUAAGUUGUAAACUAUUAAACUUUUGCACUCUUUUGACAGGCCUACCCGACCGUCGGUUCCCGCACAUCACAACCGACUUAUGCCACUACUACUAUAAUUCGGCUUAUUGUCCCCAACCACAAAUAGAAGGCUGAGCCUGUGGUUGAAGUCUGGCAAUGUGGGAGGGGUUAGUUUGCCUAUAAAUAUACAGGCUUCCCCUUCCUCUGUGCUGUUGCUGCCUGGUUCAGCCCACCCACCGCUUGCUUUAUCAAACCAUUCAAUUUGGUUGGCCCUCUUUUUACAGGCCUGCCCAAAUGUUGGUUCCCGCACACCACAGGUGACUUAUGCCACUACUACUAUAACUCGACUUAUUGUCCCUGACCACAAAUUAUAUACUCUCUUUUUAAAAAUAAAUUUGAUGUACUUUCAUGACAAUAUAUUUAGCUGAAUUUGUAACAUGACGUAACUCAGAACUGAAAUAUUUUGCUACUGUUCAUUUCAUGAUUCAAGUUUGAGUUGUUUAUUAUUUUUUUAUUUUGUAUUUCCACUACUAGAAAUUAUUUUCUUUUUCCAGGAGUCUCCAGAAUUUGAUCUGCAGUUUGAUAAUGCUUCUGAUCAAUGGGUUGCAAAUUCAGGUUCGGAAAAGUUUACUUUCUUUCAAAUACUUCUCCACACAUGUCAGCGAUACCUCUCUGACGAAAAGCCUGAAUUCAUCAAUUGCCAGUCGAGACUGUUUGCAGGUGAGAACAAUUGUUUUAAGAUAAAAUCAUGCAAAAUCUUCAAUGUUGAGUGUUUUUAUUUGUGGAAAAUACCAAACUUUUGUUGACAACAUUUAGCAUUAACAGUUGUAAGAAACUAAAUAUUUUUUUCUUAACAAGGCAGUUUGGGCUGAAUUUUGCUAUCCUAUCUGUUGUACUAUAUGUGUAUUGCUUUAUGGAUGUGGUGUUAAAAGAAAAAUGUGUGAUGAAGAUAGAAUAAACAGCUGUGCCUACAACAGUUUUUAUUUAUUGAGGAAGGGUCAAGUUCAAAAUCAGCUUACAUCUGCUACCAGACUUAGAAUGUUUGCAUAGUCUGCUCCACACACAGAAAGAAUUUCAGCUUGCUGAAGUUCAGUAUGUCUGGAGCCUGUCUGAUUUGUGACCGUUUGUAAAGGUGCCAAGUUUAAUAUAGAAUUUGGGGCAGAAACACAUCCUUGGCUGUCAGUCAGAAAGCCAGGGAGGUUUUCUUGUGCUUCCGUUAGCACCUUGAAGCUAUGGAAGUGGCAUGUGUGCUGUGCUAGCGUCCACCUGCCUUACCCACUUUGAGCUGUAUUCGAAAGCCGUGCUCACAGCUUCAGCACAGCUUCAGAACAGUCUUGUCAAUGAGAUGCAUCUGAGUGGAGGAAUUCCUUGCACAGAAUCAGUCGUAUAGAUAUGUACAUACAAGCACAGAGUCAAACAGUCAUACACACACACAGACAUUGGCAGACAGUCAAACAUACAGACAUAUACAUACAGUUUUGCAGCAGUACCCGUUAUGUGGCGAACUUAUGACUCGUGUGCCAAAUAGGCAGGGCAUCUGCGUUUCUGCUGUGGUAUGCAUACCGUAGGGGAUAUAGCAAGUAUGUAUGUAGGGGAUGUAAUGUGUUUGUUUAGGGAAUGUAAUGUGUGUGUGUGUUUUACUGAAUUUGUUGGGUAGUAUAAGAGCUUCAUUCUGUGGUUUAUGAGAGGGGGAAAGACACACAGGGGAAAACGUUUGGUUGAAGAUUUUGCUGCCAAAGGAGGUUCAACCAGUUAUUAAAUCCAAGGGUUCACAUACUUUUUCCACCUGCACUGUGAAUGUUUACAUAGUGUGUUCAAUAAAAACAUGGCAACAUUUCAUUCUUUGUGUAUUAUUAGUUUAAGCAGACUGUGAUUGUCUAUUGUUGUGACUUAGAUGAUGAUCAGAUCAUAUUUUAUGACCAAUUCGUGCAGAAUUCCAUAUCAUUCCAAAGGAUUCACAUACUUUUUCUUGCAACUGUAUAUAUAUGUGUGUGUGUGUGUAUAUAUAUAUAUAUAUAUAUAUAUAUAUAAUCAAUAAAGGAGCACUCCAAAGGAUUGUGAAAAAUAUUUAUAGUCCGGUGUUGAAAAAAUCAAAUCAUCAACGUUUCGACCCAAUCUUGAUAAAGACCCUAUUGGGUCGAAACGUUGAUGAUUUGAUUUUUUCAACACCGGACUAUAAAUAUUUUUCAAAAUCCUUUGGAGUGCUCCUUUAUUGAUUAUAUACAUCAAGUGGCUUGGAAGCACCCGGGUAAUUUCUGCAUUUUAUUUGGAUUCAAAGGAAGAGUGCCAGAGUUUGCUUUUGUGUAUAUAUAUAUAUAUAUAUAUAUAUAUAUAUAUAUAUAUGUAUAUGUAUGUAGAUUGGAUUAGUCAUACUAGUCCCAACCCAUUCACCCCGCCCCCCUUCUCUAACAUCAGUUGUUUUAAGUGUUAAAACCCGAUCAGAUUGAUCUGUAUUGCUUCAGACCUGAGGAAGACAGUACAGCAUUAAGGUCUAUGGAGGAUCCUGUGAAACCGCAGGAUCCUCUAUAGACCGAGCCAAUUCCCUGCAUCUGUUCAUGGUGACAGCUAUCGGGAAUGACUGUCUAGCUCCUCCAGAGUCCAAGAAUGUCAGGUGGAGGAAAUCUACAGAGACAAAGUAGACACUAAAUGUUUUAGGGAUAUCACAGAUCUGGAACAAUGAAAGACAUAUAGACCUGUACACAGUCCGCUUCAGCAGCUUGAAUCCUUGCCAAAAAACAGCAAAGCAGUUUUAAGUUUUACUUUAAACUUCAGAAAGGAAAGUGAGAGACAGCUCAUGUAAUUAAAUUCUUCAUUUGUCUAGCAGUGAACGGGAAAGUAUGAACCCAGUGUUUCAGAAACAUAAUUGGAUAUGUUGUUACUGCCAUAUUACCUGUGUCAACACUAGUGAGGCAGUCAUAAUAAUGGUAGAUGUUGCCAGGUAGUGAUAAAACAUAUUGAUCUUUAUAUGUGGGGAUAUUUGCCAUUGUGAUUCUCAGGGUUGUUCAAUAAGCUCGGGAUCUACUGACAAGAGAAUUGCAAAUCUUUAGACAAAAUAGCUGAGCUGGGGGAAAAAUGCUUUAAUUAAAAAGAAAAAAAAAAGUCCAACUCAGCUAUUUUACCCAGCUUGUCUGUUUUCCUCAAUUCCCAAUCUAAUGAAUAACCCUGACUGUCUUUAAGAACACAUUCGUGGAAAGAUAUCGAAUUAUGGCCAAAUCAUGAAUCAUUUCAAUUCACUAAGAUUAAGUAGCAGUUCUGGCUGCAUGUGUUCACAGGAAUAAGCAUUUACUAAAACCGCAUUCUACUUUACAAGAAAAAAAGGAGCAGCAUUUAUUUACGUCUCCUUUUUUUGGGGGGGUUGCAGGCAAUAGCAUUCUUCACUCUGCCGCCGACAGUGUGACCAGCGCUGUACAGAAAGCAAGCCAAGCCCUUAAUGAGCGUGGCGAGCGUCUCGGACGUGCAGAGGAAUCAACAGCCGACAUGAUGAACAGCGCCCAGCAGUUUGCAGACACGGCUCACAAGGUAAGUGAGAAACCUUGCUGACUUAGGCCUUGAUUAGAUUCCUUGGGAUAAGCUUUUGAAAUGAUCACAGUCUGUUAGAAAAACUUUUUUCCAAUUAUUGUGAUCUACAGAUGUCACCAUUAACAUCUAUAGGAAUUUUUGAAGAUAAAUUAUUUCAAAGGUUUGUCCUAAAGAUUUCAAUCGACGCCUUAAAUAUCAGAUCCCCACCGGUCAUGUCACAAAUUGUUAUGAUAGCAAUAUAGUUGAGCCAUACAUCUUUCUAUUAAAUAUGUGGGGAAAAAAAUGUUCUUUUCCUUUCAUAUUUUAUUAAUUCAAAUAAUUUAUUUUAAGUUGCAAACAUACUUUUUUAGCAUUCAAUUUAAAAAGGUAAAUAUACCAUAUUGUCAAAAGACAUACAUCUUAGUUAUUGAAAUCAGGUGUUUUAAUCAGACCCAUUGCCACAGGUGUAUAAAGUCAGGCACAUAGUCUGGGUUUGGCAGGUGGCAGGAGAAUGUUACCCGUCUGAUUGCAUUGUACCAACUUUAAAGUUUAGUGGAGAGGGAUAAUGAUUUGGAACGGUUUCUCAGGGGUUGGGCUAGGCUCCUUACUUCCAGUGAAGGAAAACCUUAAUGAUUCAGCAUACCAAAACAUUUUGAAUAAUUCUAUGCUUCCAACUUUGUGAGAACAGUUUGGGGAAGGCCCUUUUCUAUCUCAGCAUGUCUGUUCUCCAGUACACAAAGCAAGGUCCAUAAACACAUGGUUGGAUGAGUUUGGUGUAGAAGAGCUCUACUGGCCCAAACAGAGCCUAACCCCAUCGAACACAUUUGGGAUGAGCUGAAACAUUUGGGAUGGGCUGAAACAGAGAUUGUGAGCCAGACUUUCUCGUCUAACAAAAAUGCUCUACAGGAUGAAUGGGCAAAAAUUCACACAGAUUAUCUGCGACCAACCUAUAUGUCUAGAAAAUCCCGCAAAUUUUUUUAUUUCCAUAUAGUUGAAUCUACUCACUCUAGAUGUAUGAACCCAGCCUGAUUGUACUACAAUAUAAAAUAAGUGCUAUGAUCUCACAAUGUCACAUACAUAUUAUACAGUUAUUCUUGUUGUGCCUGUCUCUGCUGUUGGGGCAUUGCAGGAUUGUUUGUAACCCUCUCUAUGCACUACAAAAAGAAAAGAAAAAAAGGAAAGAUUAUAUUCGGUCUUUAUAAUUUAUUUAAGAUUAGUGUACAAUUCAUUUUCCCUUUUUCCCCCCGCCAGAGUGUAAAGAAUACAUUUUUGUUUUAGGUUUCUCAUUCUACUUACACACAGCCCUUUUUUGUUUUAACUUGUAACACUAUGUGUUUGUUUAUUUACUCUUAGAACUGUGUAUGUUGCAGUCAGUGGCAUCCAGUAGAUUUUGCACCUCUGAUUAAUCCUUUUUGGAAAAGGACUCGCUUACCUUGUGAGCUUGAUGUGUCAAGCAAUUAGAAAAUAGUGGGCAUUAUUUGUGAUUUUCAAUUCGUAAUUAAUGACUGAGAUAUUUGGAAAAGAUGUGCGUUCAGCAAAGGCUAAUGCUAAAACUAUAUUUUGGCUCUUUUUCCUUGUUUGCUGUAUUUUCCAGACUGUCAUGCUGUCAACCCCAAGUGCCCUUUAGGACCAUUCUCAAUUUAGAGAGGAGAGCAGCUGUGUGGUUUGCCAUUUAUUCUAGUGUGUGUUUUCUUGGGUACAUGCCACCGAGCUCCUCGGUCUUUUCAUUUUAUAUUAUCUUUCGAUAAAUUACAACCUUGUAAAGUACGCAUAGUAUGCUUUCCUACUCUAAAUCCUGUUUGUUUUUGUUCCAUCUCUCUGCAGCUUGCCAUGAAACACAAGUGCUGACCAAAUCAGCUAAAAAGUGGCUUCCACUCGUCCGGACUUUCCAAUAAAACAAAUCAGCACAAGGUUAUUUACUGAAUAUGUAUGUCUUUCUUUUAAAUGGGACUCCUCUAUUGUUUGCCUGCGUGUCUUUCUGCAUCUCCCCUGAUCUACUGGGAGAGAGAUGAUUUUCAGCCAACGUAAUGUUUCCAUCAUUUUAAAUGGAUAAGUUAGAGCUUGUGCUGGACAGAAUUCUCUUUGUGCAGCUCCUUGUCUCCUCUUCAUUUUUCAGCCUCUUUUGUUCCCGGGGGAGAGGGAGGUUUGAGGGAGUGACUGGAGGGACUGGUCUAUCUUGUGCAUUGGGAUUCCCGCUAUAAUAUUCACUAAAAGUAUUUUCUUCGAAAGAGUGCUCUAAUGAAUCAUCGAUAAAGUGUAACCCACUGAAAAUGGUGUUCAUGGAGUGGGCAGGUUGGAGAACUUUUCUCAAAACAAUGUGAGUGCUGUGCCUGAUGAGAAAUGACAGAUAAAUCUGCACAUCAAUGGACGAUUAGUUUUGGUAACUGCAAGGCAUUGAACCGAGUGCUAUACUGGAUGGAGCAGCCGUUGGUGUAUAUGGAGCAUUUAGAUAAAACGUUAGAUGGAGUUGACAUGACUUAAUUUGGGCACAAAACUUUCAGAGAUUUUCAACUUUGUUAUUGCAAGACUGUCUUGAAAAUUGAGCUACGAGUGCCUACUUAUGGUUUGUGUUCCCGUUCCACGCACAUCAGGAAAAAAAGUUUUUUGUUUUUUUUUUUUCUCUGUACUUUUACAUUUUAUUAAUGUCCUGUUUUGAACGAACAUGUCCAUCAUACACACCUUCAUGCCAGCGUCCUUAUGAGGGAUAAGCAUAUUUUUAAUGUUUCCAUGUGAUUUUAUUUUUACCAGUAUAUCGCAUAUUAAUACCCCAAGCAAUAAAAAAAAAAAGAUGGCUUAUAAGGACAGAACACACAAAACAAGUUUGUUUCCUUAAGGAGAUAACAACAAUAAAAAAAAGUAAAAAUACAA